AUGUUUGUCCAUUGCGCAUUCCGUAGUUUGUAUUCUAUUAUGCGCAGGUUUUACGCAGUGUGGAUUUUAGUCAGACGACAGCUGCUCUGACGUUAUUUUUCUGUUGACAGGGCUGUAACAGCAUUUAUAGAGAGGCACUCUUUCAAACCUUUUUCUAACGUCUUCAAAUGGUGUAUUUUUACUCUACCUAAAAUUUCCUUGCGCACUCUCGCGCAGCUUUGACGGUCACAAGACCAGUCUCGUGACAGCAGGAAGUAGAAAUGAAAACAGUGAGGAUGCUGCUGCUGCUUUGAGACUCCUACAGUUAUCAUUUUAACAAAACAUCAGGCGACAAUGACUUCUAUAAUCAAAGAAACACAAAGGUAAGCUGGUAUUGAUUUAUUUUUUAUUAUAAAACUUCUCUCAGGUGCAAACAUUAAACCACGUAGAGCACAGAAGUAAGACACGAAAGCAUUCUGGUCAUUCACGGUGGGGAUUUUCGCUUUGAUGGGGGACAUGUAGCCUAAUUUAAAAAAACUCUAAAAAUACCAAAUCCUAGUUACAAAUUGUAGAUCUUAUCCUGAAUUGUUAUAGAUCCAUGAUUUGCAAAAACGAAUCGUCUGUAUAAUCCACCCAACCCUCUCCUGAAACAGGCCCCCUUCAUUGUAGAGGUGUUUUCUAAUUCAUGUUGCUAUUGAGGUGGUUUUAUUAUUUUCAAUUUUGAUUGACUAAAAUAAUACCCAAGGAGGCGUGUUCAGAACCUAAUAGAAUGCUUUUGGUCAACACUCAAAAGGAUAGAUGGAGAAAGAUAGAUGGCAUGUUAAAUUGCGCAUUUGCAUCUCUCUAUGUAAACUUUACCAUCAGAAACAACUACCCACAGCCCCCUUGUUAACUUGAAAUACCCUCCUUCCACUUGCACUAUGGAAUCUAAUGCAAUCACAAACUGAAGCGCUCUUUUCGUGACUGAUGGUGCAUGUUGUCACAGCUGUAUUUCCUUUUGUGUGUUUGUUACAGUGAUCCCUUUUGAAAAUUUCUGAACCUAUAUCUCUACUAAUCUACUGCUGUCAUCAACAUCCAAAACCUAUCUUUAAUCAGUGUAACCUUUCUCCAACAGCAUAAAAGAAGCGGUGGUUUUCAUCAACGCAAUUGAUGUGAACAAGUUCUCCAGACUGAUCUCCCGCAUCAUACAAAAGCUUCAUCUGAAGGUACAGAGACUCUACAGUGUGAUCCGUGCAAAAAGACAAGAGGCUUUUGAGGCUUGUGCUGCGAAGCUGUGGUGGCGGAGAGAGUGGUGCAUGCAUAAUGAGUAACCAGAGCAUCAGUCGGGCUCGGCUCUAAUGAAUGCACACGCAUGCCUGGCACAGAUGAUCAGCCUGGGCUUGGCUCAGCUCACUUUAGAAAGGUCUCAGUCAUUACUUCCAAGAGAAAAAAUGUCUUGCAGUUUUGAUUUUUUAUUUCAGAGAAAUAGGUAUAAAUUUGCUGAAAGUAAUAUUCACAGACAUUUUGGACUAUCACAGCAGGAGAAGCAAGAAUUAAACUCUUAACAAUAAUCCUGCUAAUGGUGUGUUUGCAUGUUUUGCAUGCAGCUUGUGUUCGAAGCUAUAACCAGAAUUUAUUGCAUUUAAUCAACAAAUAAUCUAUUUUCAAGAGUGUAAAAGAAUAUAGGGUAAUUUAACAGCUGGUAGCUGUGCAGUUUUGAUUACAGAGACAAAAAGUUGGGUGCUCUCGAAUACUUACCCCAGUCAUGUUUUCAUCAAAUGUUUUCAAAAACUAUUACUUAUUUAAUGUGUUCUUGGUGAAGCAACAUUGAUACUGCUUUGUUUUUUAGCUCAAUAAAAUUAAGAACAUAAUAACAUCCUUAUGUUUAUCUAAAAGUAUUGCUAUGAUUGCCAAAGGAAAUGUCAGACUUUUUUCUUUUUUUACCUGUGAAGAAGCCAUUAUCUUGAAAAAUGCCACAUAUAAUGAGUGUUAGCCAUCACUCAUAUUCCAGUCCCUCAAACCAACACUCUCGAUGAUGUCUUUCUUCACAGGAGGAGCGGACAUUCAGUGAAGAAGAAGAGCAAAAACUUCAGACUGCCCUCUCGCUGGAUAAACAGGCUCUCAGUUUGGUCCUGGAAACUGCUGCCUUCAUACUAGAGCAGGUGAGGGGUGUCAUCUGUUAUUGAAAUUUUUUACUUCAUGUUUCUCUACAGGGUGAUUAAAUGCUAAAUGUGUUGGUCAUUGUUGCUUGUUUAUAUCUUGUAUAUCUUUUACUCUUGUUCGUUGAAGUACAUUUUGUCCAAGCUGCCUCGUUUUAAGGCAAAAAAAGACAGAUUCAUUCAUUCAUACCCCCCAGGGAUGUUAGAGGCUGUGCAGUGGCGCCCUAAAUAUUAAGCCAUUUGUUCAGACUAUAAAAUGUCGAUAGAGGAGGAGAAUCUGUGAUUUUUAUGAGUCCAAGAUAAUGUCAUGACAUGCCAAAGAUAUUUGAUUAAUUAUCAGAAUGAAGAAACCAGAUACAAGUUUGAUUGAAGAUGCACAAAUCAGAUAAUUGGAACUUUUUUUUAUGACAUUGCUGUUGGAGCCCUGCACUAAAGCCCUGUCUGCCCUUUUAAUAGAAAGUGGUGACUCAACACUGUCACAUCUUGUUUGAAAAUGUAUUUUUUUAACUAAGUGCAUGUUUUCUUUGGUAAAAUGUGAUUAGAGAAUUGUGCUAACAAAAAGAAAAGAAAUCAGUGUACUAUAUGUCUGAUAUCUAAAGCUUUUUUUCAUGGACUACGUUGUGACCUCAUUUCACCAGCAGGGGUCACUGUUGUAUUACAAAUAGUUGUAUUGCAGCAGUGUUGAGUGGAGUGUAAAUAUUGACAAUGAUAAGGACUGUAACAAGGAGCAGUAUCACAUCUAAAACUUGGUUAAUACUCAGUUGCUUCUCUAACCAUCAUCUCCUCCCCUCUAUAGGCGGUGUAUCAUAAUGUGAAGCCAGCCGCUCUGCAGCAGCAGCUGGAGGCCAUUCAUCUGGACCCGGACAAGGCUGAGAUGUUCUCUCAAACCUGGGCCACUGCUGGACCUGAGCUGGUGGAGAAACUCAAGCAGAACAUGUUUGCUCCAAAGAAGGUACAUCUUAAAUAAUCAGGUUUAACUUUGUGGUUGUUUUACCACUGAUCCCCUUCCUGACACAGAGUAAUUAUAGCUCAUUUUUCACCAUGUCUUAUGUGCUGAGCAACAUCUAGUGUGAUACUUGAGUCACUUGAUACUAAAUCGAGAAUCAGAAAUCCAUAUUAAGACUGACCUGCUUUUACAUGAAUUCAUUCCAGCUGUGUAUACUUCAGAGAGAACUUCCACAGAUCACACAAGUUGUCACAUUAAUUUAAAAAACUUGUUCCUCUCUAUAGUUUGAUUAAGCAGUGACACUUUAAAUAGCACUCCCCUUAAAGUCUGGGGAAUUAAGAUCUAACACAGAACGAAAAAGCAGCCUGUAAGCAUCAGUCAUAUUAUGCUGGAACAAUGUCUGCCAUCACACAGCUGGAUAUCUCACCUGCCUUGGUCCUGCAGCAGUAUUUCUUCCUCUCAUGUAUUUAUUGCUGCCAGCAGAAGGUUGUGACAGCCAUUGAUCCUCAGGGCGACCUCUGCUGCUGCUUUGACUUUGGCAACAGGAAGUUAUACAACAUAGCUUGCAUGUACAGGGCUCAUCCUUAUCCACUUUUUCUGUUUAAUAAAAUUAAUAUUUUAUUUUUUAGAAUCUGCUAAUUAAUUUUCAAUUUUUGUUUAGAGAGCACUUUUUAAAAUCCAUAAUGCAAAGUGCUUUAUAAGACAACUAGCUAUUUAAACCAAUACCUCAUAGAAAUGAGUCAGGACACUGUUAAAACAUUGCAGAUUAAUUUUUUUUUAGAAAAGGCUCUCCAGUCGUUAAUAUGUUUUAAGAGGUGCCUUAAACCAGGGCAGUGAAUCAGCUGACCUAAUUUCCUUGGACAGAUAUCCCAGAGCUUCAGGGCUCAUACUGAAAACGCUCUGUUCCCCCUUGUUUUCAGCUGAGUGUUUGUAACAGAUAGACCUUUGACCUUGAGGUUUUAUAAAAUGCUUUAGGGAGCAGAUACCAAAAAGAAAAAAAGAGGACCCAGGUCAAAGCCCUGAGGAACACCACAAAGCAAAGCUUCUGCUGAUGAGACACAUUUACCAACAAAUACAAAAACUGUGUGAGAGGAAAACCAAUCUAAAACAGUUCAAAAGUCUCUCACUUUAUUUGAUCCACUCAGUCAGUACAGGUUACAUUAGUGUUAUGAACUUGUGAGCUCCCUCAUCCUGUAGGUUCCUCCGGAUUAUUCCUUUAGAUGUCCUGCUGCUGUGGACCUGCCAAGUUUCCAGCUGCCUCAACCACGAGCAUCAGUCUCAGCAUUUUCAUCACAGUUACAAAGCCGAAUGUUAUUUGCUAUACUACUUCUUAGCUAACACUAUAAACCCGUUAACACGAAUAAAACUAAGAUUGGUCUACUAUCAUUAACACGCUGCUUCUGUAACUAGUACACACACUCAUUCCAUUAGUUUUGGUACCUCUACCACACAUCUCUAUGUACUGCUGUUGUCGUUUGUCUUGAUCCCUCACUCUCUUUCUGCAUCUCCCUCUAUCCCCUUUUCAAUCCCAACACAGUAGAUGACUGUCUAGCAUGUUUUGCUCAUAGUGGAUUAAGAUAGGAUAAGAGUGCGUCUGAUCUCACUUGAUAGCAGUAAGUGUGGUGGAGAGUACGGUCUAGACCAGCCUCUUUUUUUUAUUGUGACUAAAGAUAACAUUUGUUGCGAGUCAGUGCUAUAUUAACAAAGAUUAAGUGAGAUUGAUCAAUCUCUUGAAUUGUUAAAAAUGCAACACAGCAUACCUACCGAAGAACAUGAAUAUCAGAUGGAUACACAGGAUGGAAAUACAUUAAAAGGGGCAUUGCAAUAUUUGUAAUUUUGUCUCCUCAUUAAGUAUGAAAACAAGGAUAGCAAUUUAUAUACAUAUGUGAACAUCAUUUUUAAUGAUUCAUUCACUUUAAUUGAUUCAUGGAUACACUAACAGUAAAAUAAGGUACACAUGGCAGAGUUGUGGCAUUUAUUCAUGCUAAUGUGGAUGUUGUUUCAUUAUGAGUAAUGCUGCCCAGCCCUCACCCUCCUCACACCUGUCCUCUGAUGCUGUGGAAGCAUCCAGACUCGAUAAGUCACACAUGGUUUAUUAUUACGGCCUCUCCCUGCAUCAUAAAACACUUAACUGCCCUGCCUUGACUCAGUGCUGCAAAUCUAUCACACUGCCACAGCGUACUGUGACUGAGAGUAAUAGUCUGGCCACCUGCAGCUCAGACACAAGGUAACUAAAACUUUCAGGGGAUUUAGCAAAGUUCUGCAGCAGUAAAUCUUCCUGUCUAUAAUGGCGACUUCGUACUUGAUACAUAUCAUACAUGAUCAGCAAACCAGCUUUUAAACACUUCAUUGUAAAAGUUUAUUGCACUUCGAAACAGUCUUAAAUAAUUCAUUUGUAAAAACUGAAAAACAAGUUAGAAUAUCACAUUCUAUCUAUUUUGGUCUAAAUAGAGAAAAUCACUGCUGUGACUUAGUGGAUUAGUCUUUCAAACAUUUGGCUGCCCUUGUAUUUUGAUGACUCAGGAGGUCCAUUUACACAAAGAUCGGCUGUCCCAUCUCACAUGUUGAGGCAUUUUUGGGCAAAGAAACUAAAACCUCAACGUCUUCUAACAGCGAUUUUUGUGUGAAUCAGUGUAUGGUGGUGUUAAAGGAGCUUGUAGAGGGUUUUAAAUAAGGGCUUUAAUCAACCAUUAGGAUAUGUCAGAAGGAAAAUAAUGUAUAAUCAUUACAGUCACCAGUUGGCUGAUUAUUUUUCAGAAGAGAAAGCCAAACAUUUGCAAAUGCAGGGUUUCUAAAUUAGUUUUACUGCUUUCAUUUAAAAUAAGCUAAGUGUUGGAGCGUUUUUUGAUUGUUGUUGGUGAUUAAGACUCCAUAUGAUCCAGAAUAAUGUCAAUUUUCAGUCAAAAGACUAUUAACUAUAAGCAGUUAAUAUUUCAAGGAUAAGAAUGAAACGGCAAAAACAGAAUUAAUCUGAACAGAUACAGAGUGCUUUGUAAAGUAUAACAGAAAGUAUAAUGGAGUGUACAACAACAAAUCUAGGUCAAACAGAGACAUAAUGAGGACUAAUAAAGAUACACAGAAAUACGCAACUCCUCCAUGAGAUCUGCUACCACUUUUGUUUGGUGGGAACACUGCUUCCCUGGAGUUUUCUCAAAGUCUUUGAAAAUUCGUUUGGGCCUUUAUUAAAUUGAAGUGUGAGGUUUUAUCUCAACUACAUAAGUAUCAAAGACAUGCCGACUCUGUUCAUGUGUUUCAGCUGGAGUAUGUUGGCUGGCAGCUAAACCUGCAGAUGGCCCAGUCCAGCCAAGCCAGACUCAAGUCUCCCAGCGCCGUCCUCCAACUGGGACUCCGCAGAGAGGACUCAGAGGUGUGAACCAACACACACACACACACAAACACACACAGGCUGUCAUUUUUUUCCAUUGUUCUGCUUCUCUUAUCACUCGCUGUCCAUUUCAAACAAUGAGUGGGAAGAAAACCGACAUUUUAAAGUGUAAUUAGAGAACUGUCUGUGUUUACUCCAAAUGAGAAGCUUCUUCAAUCUGUCCUUUCUUUCUCUGCCAUUAGACGGUAAUCCCGCUGGUGUCUGUUUUGACCCAGAGGUAGACGUACAUCUGGUUGCAGAGUAACUGUAGUGUAAAGACCAGAGAUCAGGGAGCUUGUUAUCUGAAACCUCCAGGGUUUUUCUGCUCUCCUGAGACACCGACUUUGUAGCAAGAAUUGGACAUGGUUGUAACUGGGACAGAAGUGUAACCAUUAGUUCACAGUAUUAACCCUUUUUUACUGUAUUUUUUUCCUUGUUGAGGUCACAAGAGAUGGUUAAAUGUACUUAUUUACAACAGAAAUGCUAUUUCAACGUUUAAACAUAGAUAUUAGCAUCAAUUUGAACAAAGUGUUACAUAAGGACUUUAGUACAGCAACCUAAUGAGGUCUAAAGAUGUGUAAGAAAAACCACUCACACACGAUGCAAAUAUGCUUUCUGUCUCAACAAUUUCCACUGUGGUGUUUCUCUUUUUUCAUUUCAUUUGCAUUCAGCAGGGUUUGUUUGGAUCCCAAUUAGCUAAUGCUCUGUAGUUACUCUAAUAGCCAAGAUCUCAUGAGCCUCCUUCACUCACUUCUGUCUCCUCCGCUGGGAGAAGUAUCACUCCGCCACUGCAGCAAAAAGGACUCUGAACUCAAAGCGCAGUUUCUUUUUCACAUUAAAUCAUUUCCAACCUUUGAAGAGUGCAACUAGAUUGAAAUAUCCCAUCUAGACUUCAUCUUUUGUUUCUAGUAACCACUUCAAAUAUGAGUAAAACUUUUGAGACAUAAGAUUAAUUAGGUGUUGAUCAUGUUUUCACACAUACUCCAAAAGAAAUACAUCUACAGAUUCUAAAUGCUACUGAGCACUGCUUUUCUUUGGCAGUCGAUACAGAAAAAUUUCAGCAAUGGCUCCGAGGCUUUGGCUUCUUUUAAAGCAGUUUUGUCUUAAAAUGGUGGGACUGAUUAUCCCCACAGCCUGGAUAGGGUUGUUCCAGCUGACUAGUCAAGUGUCUUUCUUGCACGCUGCUUUGUAUUCAGUCCCUGGAGAAUGCCGGCUCAGCCUUAACGUAGAAUUAGGCAUGGCAUAUUCAAAUUGCUUCUCUUAAACGCAGGCCUAUGGGCGAUCGUUAGAGAAAAUAUAUGUUUUUCUUGAUCUCUGUGAAUGCGAUAGCAGUCGAAUAUCUUUUUUUGUUUUUGGACUAUUUUCUGCUGUGUGCUCCCUAGGCAAGCAAAAGAGGCAUUAAUUUAUUUAAAUCCACUUACACCAUUCCCCUUGUGGGAGGAGAUAGCUGGUGGGCUAAAACAAGGCUGGUUCAAAGUGGAGGGAUCAACUUCUCUGAAAACUACUGAUGUGCACUCGCUCUGUUGGACUGCAGGGGGCACUGUUGUCUCACAGGUUGGGAUGUGUCCCUCAGGGGUAGUGAAGUAUCUAAGAGAUGGUGAGGAUACCUCGUUUAACUUUGUAUUAAAACAGUCUGAGAGUGCAUAGCUUCUCUCUUUUUUAUUUUUUUAUUUUCCAUCAGUGUUUUCUGAUUGGAGUUUCCUGACAUCGAGCUUGUUUUCUUUCAGACUCUUUCAGAAUUCCUCUGCACAACCUCUGAAAUGUCAAAACACUGCACUGACUGAGAAGUAAAUUAGCUGCGAACAGAGAUGAAAUUCUGCAAGUGUCAUACUAAUUAGAACGCAGAUAUGAAACACUAUCACUGCUAACUGUCUCACAGAGAGGGGAAGGAAAACUGUUAAAGGCAAGAACUGGGGGAUUAAAGGUAAGAGGGGUCAGAUUGAGGCGAGAAGUUAGGGGGGAGGGGGAGGAGAUGGUAACAAACAAGGUAACGUAGGGAGAAAAAUAAUGAAGAUAAAGAGGAUAAAGGGCUGAGAAUGAAAGAGAAGGCGAGGAAGGCAAGGGUGGCCGUCUGUAUAUUAUUGAUUGCUUGGAACCCAAGUGGAGAGUCAGAGAGUCUCCCAUCUGACCAGCCUCCUGCUUCAUUAGCACUCUCCCCAAGAAAGAGGAAGAGGAGGGGGCGGGGAGGAGAGAACUGACAGGAAGCGUCACAUCUCCUUCACCAAACAAUAUGUGGCGUACAGUAACAGUAGAUGAGAUUUCAGAAGAGAAAUUGAGAAAACACGUGGUCUUUUUAAGGGUGUAUUUAUUUAAAAUGCUCCUCGCUGACUAAUUUCCAAAUUGUCAAACAGGAAUUAAAAUUUUGAUCAGCUGAGGGGUCUAGUGUUAAGAAAACACUCAAGAAAAGUCUUAUUUUAACGCGUCUAUUUCACAUGGAGAAACAUUUUCUAUAUUAUGUCAAGACUUUGUGACAGCUAUUUGAAAUCUCCCUAAAAGCAUGUGGCUUUCUGUUAUGUUUCACAUAAAAACGGACCAGUCUUCUGUAAGAACCAUGACUGCAGAUCACAAGUUAAAAGGCACCAUUCAAAAGACUUAAAAAUAUCCACUAAACUAGAAAAGCACUCGGAGAGCGCAGACCUCCGCUAAGCAGCUCAUGUCCCCCCUUAUAUUGUGAUUCACACCAAAACUUUUACUGUUACGUGUCUUUUAUUAACUUUUAUUUGUGUUUAAACUGGUAUGUUCACUGUUCAUAAUGUUCCUAAAACAAGAAAUGCCCUGACCCGGAUUCAAACCCAGGACCUUCUGGCUGUGAGGUGACAGUGCUAACCACUACACCACUGUGCCUCCUAUCUACACCACUGUGCCGCCCAUUGGUGAUCUUUUAGCAUUGAAAAUUCCAAUGACACCUUUAUUUUUGUGUGUUCUGGAUCACAAAAUAACAACAGUUAAGCCUAAAUGAACAGGCUGUCAACACUGGCCUGCUGUUGUCAAAGAACUUAAAACAGUCGAGGUACAGCUUGCACACUUUAUGUGGUGCUCAAACUAUUACAUUUUUGCUAGUCAACAUGUCAUCAAGCUUGGGUGAAAGUGGAGGCCUCGGUCUAUUAUUAGUCCAGCAGCUCAAAAGCCACUCAGCACAUACAGACAGUGACUUGCAAGCUGGUGUUUCGGUGUGACUUGUGUAAUUACACUGUUAACUGCUGACUUCCAGCCAUUGUGUCCGCGGUCAUUGCUGUGACAAUGAUGAGUACAUUUUGAUAUCAUAAUUAAUGGACUUCUUUGUCCAACAGCUUGUGUAAUUACAACAACUACAGACCCAUUAGGUUGAAAGUUUCUGCUUAACAGGGACUCUUGUGAAACCAGGGCACUGGUUAAGUUCUGGAAAGCGCCACAUCUUUCCAAUCCAGUUUACCUACUGUCCAUACUGUGGGUGCAGCGAUGCACUGAGCUCACAAGAAAUAAUUUUUGGAUGUGGUUUAGAGCCCAUGUAGUGAUUUCCACUGCAGAGUCCAUACAGUUUUGGUUUUCAGCUUUGUUUCUCUUAUACAGAGAUGUCUUCAGGUUCUAUGUUUCUUUUGAUGAUAUUUUGUACACAGGUGAUACAAAACCCAGGUUCUUUCAAUUUUAUGUCAAGGAAGAUUAUCUAAAACUAAUAGUCUCACACAGAGCACUGGACCAAUAUUUGAAAUCGGUUGCAAGCUUUCAUAUGUUGUGAUUGCAGUUAUUUCUAUAACUAUUAAAAUCUGUUUUUGUCAAUUUUUUUGCAGUUUGACUGUUAUAGCGCUGAGUGAUAAACCGAAAAUUUACCGAUACUGAAAUUUACAACAAUAACUGACGCCAUUUUGCCCAUAUUGGUAUAUUUGUUGCAGAAUAUAAAAGUUGGUUUUGGAUGUGUGUAGGUAGGCUGUGGCCUCAUGUCACUUUAAGACACUGUCCUACAUUGGAGACGUGACUCCACCCCAUCCAGUCUGACUCAAAGAGGGAAGGACAGGUGAGGAGAUGGAGGACGGUUUAAAAGUUGUAGCGGCUGGAGCGGCUGAAGUAGAUGAAGUUAAUGUAGGAGGGGGUGAGCAGCUUGUGGAGUAGUUAUCAUCCAUUUAUCAUUAUCGAGGUGAACUGCUCAAUAUUUCGUGAUAUUGAUUUGAGGCCAUAUCGCCCAGUCCUUGGCUAUUAUUCGAUUAACAGACAGGUUAUUGUGGUUCCAAGUGAAGGUGACAACGUUUAAUCCUUCAAUUGAGUUAAAGCGCCCAUCCUUAAUUUGUACAUGUUCUUUUAAUUUUCUGAUGAGUUGUUAAUUGUGAGUGUUUCUAUCACAGUUUUUUCCUCUCCGUUCAGGAAACUGUUUUGCACUGUAAGCACAUGUUGAAACAGAAUAAUUGACUCCCUUGUGGAGUUUGUUGAGCACCCUUUCAGCCUCUUCCCUGAGCUGAACUUGUGUUGUUUACAGCUGCUGUACUAACUUGGCACUGCAGUAAAUGUCCUCACACCUACCUUCAAACCUAUCAAGAUUCGGAUCUCAUAUUUAUCCUCAUAAGGGUAUCUGGAUUCGGCCUCACUCAGCAGAGGUACAACAUGGGACCUGUUGCAUAGUGUGUUUGUCAUUCCAAAGGAGAGGCAGUUGAGAAGGAAAAGACUUAAGCGAUCUGCUGUCAGAAGAAAAAUAAUGCUAGAUAAGGAACUGGAUUUUGAGAUAGGAUAAGAGGAGGAAGAAGACAGGGAUGCAGGGGAAGGUGAUAGGAAGGACGAAGAGCAGAGGAAACAAGACGAGAAAAACAGCAUGAUGACAGCCAGGAGAUGACAGUGGCAGAGGAUGAAGGUGAAGUGUAGGCUGGGGGAGGUGACAACAAAGAGAAAAUAUCUGCAGGAGAGUGGGGGGAUUUGUGUAAAUUUCCUUUGCGAUUCAUUCUGGAGCUCCUGCACUGUGAAUUAAUGGCGGUAUAGUGGUGGUAAUAAUGGUAGUGAGCACAAUCUGCCUCUUAACCCCAGGCAUCCAGUCGCAGUUAUUAAUGGUGAGCAGAGUUUCCUAUUCAUCAACGCACACAAAAAGCAACAAGGAUCUGUGCUUUUAUCUGUUUUAAUAGUUUUUUAUUUAUUUUGCUCAGCACGCUAUGCAGACUGCAGAUAACCAGAUUUAGUUUUUUUCCAACUGCACAGACCUUGAAAUAGAAAAACGCAAUCUACUCAUUUUAAUUCUAAGGUGUUUUGUCUGCAGAGGUUUGGUCUUUAUGGGAUAGAGCUGUGCUGAAAAGAAGGAAGUAAGAAAAAAAUAAAAAAACACCAGUACAUGGCUUUCUGCCCGCUAACUGGUGUGUGGAGCUUCUUCUUCUGGCUGGAGAGAUAACAAAACACCAAAUUUUGCACUGCAUUUUAAGCUGUUAUGUAGGUUGUACCUCAUUGUAUGUCUGUGUCAAACCCAAGUAAAGUAAAUCUCAGCGAUGCACUGGGAUGACAGUGAUGAAACCAAACCAUACUGACAUGGUUUGUAGGUUCAGAUGUUUGUUUCUAGUAUGAAAUUACCCAGAAAAACACACAAUUCACCCUUCUAUAAAUCUGAACAAGUGAACACAUUGACUUGCAUGAAUUUCUGAUAGAGCUAAAAAGUAUUUGAUGCCCUAAUAUCGAUGUGUACUAUUAUGAUUACUUCAUAAGAUAAAUAGGCCAUGUGGGAGCAAGCAAACAAUUGCUCAACAAUCAAACUGUGAUACAAAGACAAUAUGACCAUUAGGGGUGGGAGAAAAAAAUUGAUACAACAUAGUAUUGCAAUAUUUAGUCUGGUGAUAUAUCUCAUUGUCUCAUUAACCAAGAAUUGAUUUUUUCAAAUUAAUUGUUGAUAUGAAGUCAAAUCUAUGAUAAUGAGAAAAUAAAAUUAUCUGUUUGUCCAGUGAGGUUAGCAGAGGUGACUUCAUAGAGCAGGAGAAAGUUAGUACAACAAAUAUAGAAGCACCUGGGGGAAGACAUUAGGAAUGCAAGCAGGGCACAAAUGAGAUGGACCUGACACAUGAGGUUUGCAAGAUAUGCUUCAUGAAAAUAAAAUACUGUGUUAAUAAGACAAACAUAAGGGAAAAACAAAUACUAAAUUAGCUGAACUGUUGAAACAAAUUAUGAAUUGCAAUAUAUUGUAUUGCAAAACUCACUGUAUUGGAAAAUGUUAAAAAUUGCAACAAUAUCAUAUUGUGGCCCAAGUAUUGUGAUAAUAUAAUAUCUUGGGGCCACUUGUGAUUCUCACCCCUAAUUGGCAUAUGAAAAAGCACCAAAGGUACUUUAUUUAUUUGUUGUUGGUAAUAUCAGGGCAAUUAGUCAUGUUUGGUCUCAGAAUCAGCACAGAUAUGCAGAAUCCUGUGGGGGCAUGUCAGUUUUUAUACUCUGGUGUUGACUGUGCCACACACUCAUAGACUUAAAUACACCCACGUGAACAAACAGGAUCCUAUAGACGUGAAAUAAUGGGAGGAUGUCAGAGUGAAGGAGCUAGCACAUUAGCAGUGAGGGGCUACCAUUGCAAUUCCUGGAACUGGUCCUUAAUGGGUCUUGGACCAGCUACCCUCCAGUCCUUAAACUGUCUUUACAGACAGAGAUACUGCUGCACAUUAAGAAGUAAAAAUGUAUCCACUGGCAAAAAUAAUAUGACCUGUAGGAAAUAAGAUGUUGGCUGUUGGUCGAUUGAAAGAUCAAUAUUGAGGAGAUUUUUCUUACAUUCAGACUAGUCAGCUGAUCAGACUUGUAUGUAUGUUUCUACUAAAAGGAAGUAUCUGCUUUGAGACAACCCUGAUAAAAAGUAUGAGUAGAUGAUUGGCAUCAAAGAGGAGACUCAGUCUUUGAUGGAGGGUGAAAGACCAGGUAUUACUGACUAAAUCCUACAUUUCUUCACAGUUACCAAAAGCACUUAGCUCAUUAUGUGGUAGUUGUCAGUGUGAUGGGUAUGACCAUGGAAGCUAUUGCUACUUUCAAGAGCUACUUGGAUCCUGAAGCUGAGGAAAAGCCAGGCCACACACACACAAUGUAGAGGAAAGUCGUAGAGGUCUUAAGAAGGCAGUGACUCCAGAGGGUGAGAUAGUUCAAUAAAGCUUUACUUUUGGGCUUAUAAAGGAUGUCUUUACCUCUUUAGAUUGGCUCUUUUUGAAUAGCUUUGUAGAGCCUUGAACCUGCCUUAAGCAUUUUAAAGAAAAAAGCAGAGAUGCAAAGGUACCACUUACUAGUAUCGUGCUUCUGUGAGUUGUCAUGGGGCACCCUGAACGUAUGGUGAAACAGAGUGCUGGCUCUCUUUUCUUCGCUCUUCUCUUCUUUUGUGUCCCUCUAGCACUAUCAUUUUAGCCCUCUUCCUCCCACCUUCUUUUUUAUUCAUAAACAUGCAUGCAGACACUCUGAUGCUGCUUUGAUGAGACUGAAAGUUGAAUUCCCGAGCCAGCGCCGGUGUCUCGCUCUCCUUCUGUGUCUGUCCUGUGGCAUUAGAGCGAGCUGCUGCUCUGCCGACCAAGGGUAAGAUGACAUUUAUAAUACAGAACAUCCACUUGCAAGGCAGACACCGCCGAUUUCAAUAUUUAUUGUAGAGGAGCCAGGCCGCAAAGGCACAGGGGCUAGUACGCUAAUGUAGCUUCCAUAUGCUGGCUCUGACUUCAAAGGAAAUGUUUUGCUGAUAGCUUCAGACAGACUUGAUGAGAAUUGAUAAAGCAAAGCUCUUCUGGGUUUCAAACCGCAAAAGGGAAGAAAUUUAAGUAAAUACAGAUUUAAGACAGAAUCCCAAACAGAUUCUUCUUAUGUUACUUCUAUGGCCUUUAAAUUUUCAAUCAGAAUCUGUGAGCAGUAACAACUUUCUCUCAGAUUCACGAAUGUUUUUUACAGGGAAACACAAAGCCAUUUACUCUAAGUUUUAUCUGUAUCAUCUCAUCAAAUUUACUUCCUUUAAGAGUUGUAAUGCUGCAUUCCAGUUAUACUCGGAAGUCAGAAUUUCUGAGCUCCGAGUUGGAAAUUCAUCUGGAGCGCCCCCCAAAGUUGGAUUUCCGACUUGGAAAGUCCGACGAUCCUCACCAACCCUGACUUGACGACAACGUCAUAAUCCAAGAUAGUAGCGCAGUGCAUCAACAGCAAAGAGUAACAGUGAAAGCUCUUGUAAUGUAUCAUUUAUUCGCACUUCUGUUUUUUGUUUUUUUAAUUAAAUAAGUGGUAAAUGUUGUACUGCCCAACGUCUAACUGUGAACACAGUGCUAUGGUGUUUUUAAGGGUAAAAUACUGUGUUAUGCGUUGUUUACAACUGGUAUUGCGAAGAACAACUAACAACAGCUGACAGUCGCUAACAACAGCUGACAACGGCCAACGACAGCUGACAGUUGUAAACAACAGCUAACAACAGGUAACUAUAGGUGUCCAUCUUGGUUUUCCGACUUGUUAACUUGAACGCUGUCAACUCGGGUGUAACAUCAUUCCCAGCUCCAGAAUCCGACUUCUGAGGUAACUGGAAUGCAGCAUGCUAUCAGAAGGCUGAACUUCUAAAGGACACAAAGAUGCUUAUAAAAGUUGAACAAUAUCAACUCCUGUUAUAGAACCACAGGAACAUAAGCUUCAUAACUUGGGACUAAUUAGUCCAUGUAGAUUCUCAUUCAUCCAGGUCAUGGUUAUCUUGAAGACUUAAAAACAGGCAACUGGACUGUGUAGAUUGAGAAGCAUCUUAUCAAGAAGCUUCUUCAGUUUAUGAACUGAAGAAGCUUCUUGGAUAAGAAAGUCUCUCAAUUCUACACAGUCCAGUUGCCUGUUUUAAGUCUUCAAGAUGGACUAUUAGGAAGCAUUCAGGCUCCAGGUGACACUGCUGUCCAGCUCCCCUGUUCUCUGUCUUUUAUAUUCAUUUCUGGGCUUUUUGCGUUUAUUGUAGAGAGGACAGGAAAGUGGAUAAAACAGGAAAUCUGUGAACGAGAAGAGGUUAGUUGCUGAGAUGGAGGGCAGAGCAGAGAGACACACAGCAGCAGGCAGAGAAGAGGGAAAAAAAUUGGCUGCUUUCUGCACAUUUAUGCAGAGAUUUGUAUGAGUUCACAUGUUCUUAAAGGCUUAGCCGCUGUGAAAAUAUCAGAAAUCACCUCUUUUUACGAUGUUGUGUUUCAUUUAGCAGUGCCCCUGCUCUUCCCUUUGUCUCUUUUGACAAACCAUUGCUUCCCUCCCCUUCACUUGCUGCAGCUUUAUGACUAUUUAUUUGAUUUUCUACUUUAUGUGACUCAAAAACUACUAAGAUUGUAUUGCUUUAAAGUGCAUGGCAAGAAAAGCGUCUAAAUAUCAAGAAUUUUGACAGCCUCACUCCCUUUAAGUGUCCAGUUGUCUGCUUAAGCCAGAAGCUUGUUUAUGUAUAAUAAAUUGACGACAGUUUGAAAAUCUAAUGAUUGUUUUAUCAUGUUAUCGAGCUAGAAUGUCAAGGAAUGCUUUACUCCAGCUGUCUGAAUGGGAGGAUUUGUCUUUUUUUUUACCACUUUACAUUAAUUGUUUAAAUUGAUUUGGUUAUUGUAAAUUGUGAUGAACAUUUCUCAACCUAAUCAAUCGUGUUUUUCCGCUUCAAGUAAGUCAGCAGAUAAUCAAUGAUAUAACUGAUCAGUUGCAGCUUUACCCAAACCCUUCCCAUGUAGGUCAGAGGUUAAAGGUCAGGGUCACCACUGCUCUGGUAGAAGUGGAUUUUGGCUCCAGGUAAUUUUAGACUUUCAGGCAGUGAUUUUGACUCAAAGGCCCUGAACUCUGAGAAAUACCAGCUCAGCCUUAGCUCUUUUUAAUGUUUUUUUCAACUGAAACAGUAUUAAAAAGUUCAUUUUCUGCAUCUAAACUGUACCCGGUUAUUUUCCAAAUGUCACAGUUCACCAAAAAUUCUAUAUAUAUUGAAAAACAGAAACUAUGGUUUCUCAACUUUUUCCAUCAUUUGGCUCCUGGGAAACCGUUUCUAUCCCUGACUUUGUCUGAUGGAUAUGACGCCAGAGUAUUUCACUGUGCCUCAGUGAAAUGUGGGCCAUAAAUGAUAUCUCCAGCUGCUUCUUCUUUCUCAUUUCUCACAGGAAGGGCGUCAGAAAGCAUCAUAGAGGCCCUGCUGUUAAUUGUGCUCAAUCAUUCCAGUCUUUCUGCCGCAGCUUCCUUGUCUUUUUUACAUUUUUGCUCUCCCACCUCGACACAUGCGUCAUUGUUUUUAUCGAUCUCUGUAGUAAAUACCAUAACGUCACUCCUCAGUGCUCUUUUUCUACAUGACAUAUUUUUAAGAAUCCUCCAUUUGUUAUCUGAACUUUUUUGUGUCAAGUUUUCCCUAGCCAGCUUUGAAUUAUCAGCCAACUAAUUCUAGUUUGUGGGAAACCUGCGUGUGUUUUUUUUUUGUUUUGUUUUUAGUUAUCAAAGCAUCAGACAUGAAAGACUUUUCUCCUUGUGAUUCUAAUUUAUUUGCUGUGCUCUGGCUUACAGCAGCAAUGCUGUAAUCACGGAGGAACGGAAGCUCUUUGUUUGAAAGCACACACACUCACAUGUACGCGCUGACACACACAUAUUGAGCUCUCCCAGUGAAGGCUGUGACUUUAUUUAUCAACACCACGAGAGGGGGAACGCAAUUAAACAUCCUGUUUUGACUUGUGCGAAGAGUUGCUGUGAUCAGACUCUCUCUGAACAUCUUUCCUCGUUUCACGUGUCCCUGUCGAACCGGCAUCAGUAGCGCCAGGCCAAACUCUGAACGCAGCUCAAAGCUCCUCUGACAAGUUACAUAAAGCCCUGUUCCUGCCUCCCACAUCAUGUAAACCCAACAAACAACACUUCCAGAGUACAUCCAACCUCUUCUUUUAUCAUUUGAGGGAUUACAUGGCCGGAUCAAUAUAUUGGAGAGCGCUGAUGUAAACGCUACCACGUUCAAAUCCUUCACUCCAAGCCACCCACCAGCCCGCAGGGACAAAGGCUGCUUUGUCUCAAACUCUACUUGCCUUGCUUUACAUGUCCCAAGAUGCUUUGUGUCUUUGUGUGCACAUCUUUUUAAGGGUCUCCCUCCAUCCCUCUCUGUCUCUUUCUCCAUCUCUCCCUUGCCCUCUCCUGUUCCCACUGGUGAUUUGUUUUCCUCCUGUGGGAUUUGGGAUCCCAUUCAUUGAGAGGGUAUUGUUCGCUUCUUAUCCAUUCCAGAGGAUGGGCCCCGAGAGGCAGAAUGGGCGACUGUGGGCGCCCUCGUCUCUCCUUGCUCCUUGCCAUGCGAUGAUGUCAUGGCUUUUAUUUGCCGCGGGGGCACCCAUUGAUUCUCCCUCCGUAUUACACACUUUAUAUCUCCCUCUUUCACCCUCCCUAACCUCCACUCCUGUUUUCCUCCGCCAGUCCCUUUCCCAGAUUCUUUUGCUUCUCAAAAGGCGCCUGGGGGAUUUGGGGAUGUUUGGAUGUUGUUUGAGCACACCCACGGUACACGCUUGACGCCCAGAUAGGGAAAGCCAUCAACCCCACAAAUCCAACUGCUGCAACUCCCAUUUAAAUCUCGUUGAUUUAACAUCCCUCCUUUCUUCCCUCAUCUCCCACUUCUGUGAUCAGCUUUCAUUUGUCUGCAGUUAUUCAGGGUGUUUUUGUUUCACACCCGCCUUGUAAAGUAACCAUUAAUCCCCUUAUAGUGUGAUGCCAGUAUGCCAUAGCCGGCAGCGAUGGUAAAAGAGCGCUUAAGACUGAGAUUUUUCAGAUGUGCAUGUGUGUGCUUUUUCUUUAAUUUCUUCAUUUUCAGUAUUUUGUCUGAGUUUAUUUUUGAGAGGCUGCUCUGCCUCUUGGCUGAACUAUGCUCGGGUGAGAAAUCUAUUUCAGUUUAAACAAGAAGCACUGAUUGCAGAAGCACAGAGCCAAAUCACAUCCAUUCAUGGCACUGAAAGUUGGCUGAUAGGCACACACGAGGUGGAAAGGCUGAGGUUUUUCACUCAAAUGCCAAAUAAUUGUAAUAAUGCAGAAAUAUUAUCAAAUAAUGAGCAGGUCUGCUUCCUGUUUCAGCUGUUCUAACAUCCUUUUGUUUUCUGAAUUGUGCUGCAUUUCAUGUUGACAACAGCUGUCGUAGUCUGUUUGGAUCACACUGGAACAGGAUAUAAUGGCCAUGAAAGGAUGUGAGCAGCAGUAUGCCUUCCCUGAAAUAAUGGGUGUGAUGAAUGGGUUCGAGCCGGGAACUGUUGUCAUCCCACAUGCAUGCAAUGAUAGGGCGCAGAGUGUUUCCGCCGCCUGUAUCAACAAAUUGUCACUAGUUUCUGACUCUUUGAUGUCACACCAGUAAGUCACUGACUGAUUUGUUUGGAUGAAAGCGUAAGUAUUGCUUUAGAAAUUGGCGUCCAAAUUCAUGGUGGCAUGUGUUUGUUUGUACUUGUCACAUAUUUGAUGGUUGGGUAUCGCUGGAAAGUUAGCUCGAGUUUUGGUGCAGGUACCUUUCUGUUGAUUCCAGCGUGUCCACACAGACAGUAAAGUGAAAGUUGGCUUUCAUGGAGCAAAACUUUUGGGUACCGAUGAUUGGACAGCUUAGGAGACAAAUGUGGGGACUAGAGAGUGGGAGGAGACCUGCAGCAGAGGGUCGUGGCCAGGUGAGCCAGUGCUGUUUUACUCAUUGUGGAUUAAGAUAAGGUAGGUCUGAUCUGGCAUUGACGUUGAGUCUCUGUGAAUAACAAAACAAAGAGGUCAGACCUGCUCUCUUUGUUAAGUGUCUUCAGAUACCAUUGGUAUGAACUGGAGUUCUUGUAUGAGGCGUAAACUUCAGCAGUAGAUUCAGUCCUCAGUGUGCAUUCAGGCACUUUCGAGUGAAGCUCAUCCUGGUACUGGCUCAGAGCUGAUCUGGACACACCCCAGUCUUCAUACUUGGCAUAUUUACAUGCACAGUGAAGUGAGCUAUGGCCAUCGCUCCAUUAGAUGAUUUGUAUCUGGACUACUGUCCUUGUCACAGUUCACAUGCAAAAUUUUUCAUCAUUGACAGAAGUACAUCAAUCUACACGACAGUAGGCGGCGACCUGCCUCCUUUCAGGUCAUAUCCCGAUCGACAUAUUACAUAUCAAAACAGUCAGAAAAAAGUGUGAGCAAGAGGCUGAUAGGAUGUACUUUAAACUAUAAAAACUGUUGCUUUUGCAGCUCUUUUUCUAUGCUGCAUUUUCCAGAGUUUAUUGUAAACUAGUUGACUUGCAGGGUCAAGAUCCUUCUGUACCUUACUAAAUAGAAAAAGUGUUUUUGCAUUGACACAAUUUUCAAUAUAGUUUGAACAAAAAAGCUAAACAUAUAAACAUAACAAGCAAGCAUAGACAAGUCAGGGAACACCAGAAUAGGUUGACCUGUGAAUGAAAUGUAGUUUAUUGUAUUUAGGUCAUCCCAUUCAUUCUGUUGCAAUUCCUCUUCGACUAAGUUGCAUCUUGUUUCCAGGUGUCCUCUACUACCAUUAUAGUGUGUCCUAUUCCCCCAUUUUUCUUACUAUUACAAGCCCAAGAGAAGGCCACCUAGAACUCCCAGAACUGUGAUUGGCUGUCAUUUCUUUUGUCAGAGGCAGCUUUAUAUUAAAGUCAGCUUUGUGUUGCAUUUAGCAGGCUCCUUUUUUACAUUUUUAAUGUUGAAUAUUUUCUUUUGCUGGUACUUCAGAUGGUUUCUUGUGGAGUCUUUAAAAGAUUCAGUUAAACCAUUGAAAUGUUGUCACUCUGAUGUUUUACCUUUUAUGUUUAACGUCUGGCAACCCCAACAAAAGUCUGUGGCCUAGUUUGGCCCCCUCUAGUCAAAAAAAGUCUAACUACACCACUGUCAAGCCCCCACAGACUCGAUCAUUUUCACACUGUGUACUUGGCACCAAUGAAGUCUGCGAGGGUGGUGAAAAAUAAAGCACAAAGUGUAAAGUGGUAUUGUGUCUGUGGAGAAAGUGUGAUUGAUGUAAGAGGGAGUGCAUCCGGCACGUAUGACACUUUCUGAUUUGAAAACCCAAAAUGUGAAAUUUCCUCUCUACAUGACAAAACCUCAACAAAUAGAAUCAAACUUGUCAAACGUCAGUCUCUCUUAACAGAAGCGGUUGUACAAGAACUGAGCCUACAUUUACCUUAAACAAACCUGGGUGUCAUCUCUGACAGAAACCUGCCAGGACAUGAUCACAGUCAGUUUGAACUACAUUUUAUUGAUCACUUUGCAAAGCUGAUUUUUUAUAAUUGACAUGAAAAAUACCCCUUUUAGGAAUAUAAUGCUGUUUAAUCCCUCUCCAGGAGAAUAAGUGAGGAGUAUAACAAAUCAGAGCAUACAUUUUGGUACCUCAUUGCAUUUUUCCAACACUGCACAGUGAGCUGACUUUGUUUUGUUGUCAUGAAUUGAAAAGCACUCCAGAGAAAUGAGAAACAUCAUUGUCUCUUAUCGGCGCUGCAGUGUUUAUGAGGACUCUAUAUUUUUGUCUGCUUUGUGUUGUAAGUGAUGAAAUGUUUUUUGUUAUAUUGGAGGAGCGGCCGACGUUGUACUGUAAACUCUCCCAAAGUCUCCCCCUCUCCAUCUCUCUCUAUCUCACACACCCACAAACACACAUUGAAGUCCUCCUUUCUCUCUCUCUCUCUCUCUCUCUCUCUCUCUCUCUCUCUCUCCUCUUCUCUCUCUCUCUCUCUCUCUGUCCUUGUGAGAGCGACAGUGUCUACAUACCACGGGGGCACAGGCCGGCUGCCUUGACGAUCCUCUUGCUCUGCCACACAGAGCAAAAAACCGGCCUUACAGUUGUGAAUAGCAGCCGCUACCCGUCUUUAUAAAGCAUUCUUUCUCUUUAGCACUCACACAAACAUUUUGAGACAAACACACAUACACACACUGCCCACUUGCCCAUGUCCCCCCACUUCUGCCAUGUGCCAACCUAAUACGUUAAAAUGCAUACUGUUUCAGAAAACAGGCCUCGGCUGUUGGGGUUGAGUGCCACUUAUCCUGGAACCUGGCACGGGGAGGGGGGGUUAGUUCAGGAUCACACGACAAGAUGUUGGCUAGCUUUAGGUCUUAUUUAAGCCACCUAACACAUUUAGAAGAUUAAGGUUUGACACAGCUUUUUUAGAAGCUGUCUUUUGUUGUAGUAUGCAGAUUGAAAAGUGAACUUGGACUUUGAAAGAAGAAACUUCAGUUGGGAUUCAAGAAGUUAGAAGAUUCGAUCACUAGAAGAGGCCAGAAUGCAAAAUCUGUAACCUUAGCUCACAUCAUGCAAAUGCAGCAUCUAAUCCAAUACCUCCCCAUUACAGCUCUCCUGUUAUGGCUGCGCCUCAGUUAGAGCAUUAAUUCCCAGCCCUGUUAGGAGGAGGCAGGUUUUACUAGCUUGGCAGCAGAGGGGAGUACAUGACAUGGCACCUUCCCUCUUACUCCAUAUCAGGAAAACGGUAACUAGCUGCCACCGCCAUAAUCAUCUUGUUAUGGCUCACACUCGGCUCGUGUUCCUUGGCUUGUUUAUCUUGGCGCCGGAGCUGUUGAGUGUCUCCAUUCUUUCUGGCUCUGCAGCGUCAAGCUUCCUGAUUUAGAGCCUCUUAAACAUGGAGGUUUAUUCUUGGUUUGAAAAAAAAAAAAAAAAAAAUACCCAUGGAGAAUUUUUAGGAAGUACGUGACGAUGUGAGCUCAGGAAACGGGUGAAAAUAUGGUUGGCUUUUUACACCAGUGUGCUGCAAUCCUUAUUGGCUGAUUAGAAGGUGAUAAAAUGUGUGUAUGAGUUUAUAUUUAUUCUUUCUCUUGAGUGGAAGCAUCAAAUAUGAAGGGUUUCCUAUAAUACUUGGGGGGCUUUUUUUUUAAAUUGCCAGCAUUCAAUGACAUGGUUUAAAUGCCAAGAGCUGACCUGUUUGUGACCUGUGCUUUUUUCUGAGUUCAUGAAUUUCAUAAGCCAGUAAGCAGACAUAAGUACUGCAGGUGUUAUAACUGAUACAUUUCUUUUCUAAAUGCACAUACAUAAUGGACUGCCAUAAGCAACUGAAAUCUGAUUUCAUGCUGAAAGGUUUGUGUGGCUGUCAACAUACAGCAGAGCCCAGCGCCAGUAUUCGGUAACCAUGCUGAGAAGUAUGGGAUGUUCAGCUUUUGCCUGCAGUUUUGCUUUUAAAACUAAUACACUGACAAAACAGCAUAAAUGACUCAUACUGGAUUUGAGAUUUUUUUUUUUUUACAGAUUGAUCAUAAGUCAUGCUUCUAGGCCAGUAUAAUAUUUCUUUCUUUAUUUAUUUAUUUGGAUCCCCAUUAGCUAUUUCCUAAGUAGCACUACUCUUCCUGGGGUCUGCAAGAAGACAGUAAACAUUUGUAUAGAUUAAAAUGAUAAAAGUCCAAACAGGAGAAUUAUACAAGAUGUUAAAAUCAUAACUGAAACAAGAACUAUGAUGACAUUAUAUUUCCAAUUACAAUCGACACCAAUAAAGGCCAAGAUAAAUGUACUAGUAAUCAAAAUCUCAUUGGCAUGUAUUGUAUGUUGUCACAGCCUAGUCUAUGUGUUCUGUUUCUUAUUUCAGUGAGUCUGGGUUAUCAGAUAUUGGUAUAUCUUCUUUUUAAACACGUUUACUUUGUUUACAUCUUUACUACAUUCAAUGUAUACCUGCUCUCCAAAAAAAGGCCUGUGAUAUACCAGCAGUUUGGUUUUUAGAUAUGAUGUGAUGCUCUGCAGAAAAAUCAUGGCUGUGAUUUUACAUGCUUUCUUGGCUUAUUUUCACACAUGAACUCCCGACAUUUUCUGGAUAAUUUCCGAACAUACAGGCCUCGAUGGUAAACUGUCCCAACUUUCACAUUACCAGACUCCGACACAUAGUGCCAGGGUAAGCAGAUACAGCUCUUUGCAUUCACACAUGGACCUCACUUGCACAAUUUUCAGGAGUCUAAUGCAUAUGUGAAAUGGGCUGCAGUCUCUAGAGAUUCCCUUCUGGGAUUAAAGCCAACCAAAUUCAAUGCUGGGAUGAUGCUCGGUCGCGCUAAUAGACCAUUUUAGUAAAGAUGCUUUUAAUUAGCGGAGGAUGUAAACAGAAAUGUCAAAUGUUGAGAUGGUGUUCAUGCUGCUAGUGAAGAAGAUGGUCAGAGCGUAUCAGUCAGUAUGCCAGAAACCUACUACACAUUCACAUUUCAGAUGCCUUCUUAUCAGUGUGGGCAUGGCUUUUAUUCAAGAGUUGAAAGGCUGGAGGGUUGAGCUUGAAGCCUUGUAAACAGUAAGCCUUAGAUAAAUAGGCCUCAGAGCUUCCUUUGCCCAUAGAUAAAUUGCCAGUUUAAGUCACUCCAUUCCAGGGUUUGGCCAUUUUAGGAGCCUAAAGUGAUUUAUCUUCUUUCAGUGUUUGCACCCACUAUCAAAGAAGAGUGGGAGGUGUGAACAAGCAGUGUGAAAAGACCGGGCUAUUUCAAGACUUUUAUUUAUUAGUCAGAUGUUAUUUGGAUUGAAUAUACUGUACAUGAUUUCCUUAGCCUGUCAGCGGUUUAUUUUUUCAUCUCAUAGUAGUGGUGUACGCUUUUAUUUUUUUGCUGAUCAGUUUCUUUUGUGAGCUGUGCCGCUCUGUAUAUUUCAAGGGUCUGGUUCUGUUUUUCCUCAACGUUACCGACUGUCUGAUUGUGUUUAAACAUGACGGUUGUAGUGUGAACUCUGGUGGCCCUGGAGGUUUUGGGAUGCAUACCAUGUCACCACAGUGACCUCGGUUUGUAUCUGGGUGACAACACUGAAAGUAUUUGUUGUCGUCUUGUACUGUAUACACAGCACAAACAGAAGAAGUGGUGUUUACAUUCCCCAAAACAGAAAACCACCUUGUAAACAGAGUAAUGAAAAAAGCAGCCGCUUUGAUUCAGAACUGGAAAUAGCCUCUGUUUUGUUAUGGAGUAUAGAGGACAGUGUGUGACACAGUCAGGCAGGUUCAAGUUAUUCAAAAUCAUGGUUUACCAGCCGCUGCUUAUAAAUUGAUACAGUACUGAGGCGAAUUGUUUACUGAAAUUAAUUCUCCUUCUUUGGAGACGUGAUUAUCUGAUCAACUUUUGCCUUCCUCCUCAUUCUCUCCUGCACAUCUCUUGAUAGUUUCUCGGUUUUCUGAGUUAAAGGGAUCAAAUGAGAGGAGAAAAUAUACUGUGGGGUUGGCGAAGAAGCUAUUUUUGGCUGCUUCAAAGGAUGACUCACAAAGACGUAUAUGAACAGAUGAAGAAUGAUCUUUCCUUCAGUUACAAAAAAAGCUCAUUUCCCCCCCCCUAUCUUUACCAAAUGUGCAUCAUUUCUUUGUGUCCUUAUCUCGCCACAUCUACCAUCACCUGUUUUUCUCUUUUUUCUCAGCAUUACCUCUUUCCCCAGACUCCCUGCACCUCUUUUGUCUUCACAUUUAAUAAACAACCCCCACAUGCCUGCUUCAUGUGUCUUUGUGGUAAUUGGAGUAAACGUCACACUGAUAGCUAAAGCCCAGGACAGUAACUGUGUUUCAAGCAUCACAUGUCACCUGCUAUUAGCAAUAUGGAGCAUUUUAAUUACGGCUCAUACGUGUCCUACAAAUAAUGGAAGUAUUGAAAAUGAGGCUCACAGGAAAAGAUGUAAUGUGGGCCACAUCGGCAACAUCUCAAAGCUUUGAAUAAAGAGAAGCAGCAUGAAAGAAACUGACAAAGGAUUUCAAAAAAGCAGAGGCUGUUUUUCUCAGGAAAUGUUGUGGGGUUGGUGUUUGACAAUGUUAUGUUUAAGAUAUUGGAGAUUUGGAGAUUAAACUAAGAAUUUUAUUUACAUUAAUUAUCUUUCCUUUUUGUCAAUUGUAAAAAAAAAAAAAAGUGAGAAUGAAAACCAGACAAAACUGACUUCAAAGGUCUUUUUGUUUCUCCAUAAAACUCUCAUAAUGUAAUGGCUGGCCAGUAUGUGUGUGUGUUUGUGUGUGUAUGUAUAUUUCCAUAAUUUUUGCCUCCAUGAAUGUAAUUUUUUUUUUUUUCCAUUUCAGGGAUGCUUUCGUGAAAAAGUCGUGUUUAUGAGCUUGAAUUUACACACAGCUAAGCACUAACAGGUAGCGUACCAAAUGGCAUUAGCACAAGAGUAAAUACUGAUUACCCAUUAUUUACCACAGGACCAUUUGCCUCCUUAAAGAAAAGUCCCUGGAACCAAGAGUUGGUCAACUAGCGCCUCUACAAUUCAGUCAAUCAGCAUUUGAAUCCCCAAAAGUUUAAGCUUUUGUCCAUUUUCUAUACCGUCUAAGAAAGAAAUCUACAUUUUCCCACUUCUGGCCACCACAGUUAGGCAUAAAGCGAUUAAGUGUAACAUAUUUUCUUCAGCAAGAUUUGGAGGCUCAUGGAGAGCCAUUAAUGAUGUUUGGUUUUUUAGUUGGAUAGAGACAGGAUUCCACACAAAGGAUGGAAUAACUGCUUGGUGACCAAAUUGUUUGUUGUUUUGACUGAUUAAAGAGAAAACAAAACAGUUCUGCAUGUUUAAUCACUAAUUUGUUGUCGUUCCCUCGAUAAAUGAAAGACUCAGUUUGUUGCCUUUUUUCGUGAAUCAGCUAAUCACUUCUUUUGGUACUUCUAUGUAGUUUGAAUCACUCAAAUAUUACUCCAGGAUUAGAGCUAGAAAGACAACAUGAAAAUAUCUCCAGUUUUCCCCUUCACUUUCUGUUUGAAAUAGAAGAAAGAAAACCUCUGCUAAGCUGUGAGAGGUGAGUCUGACUAAUCCGACAAGCUGCAGCCCGUGUAGCAGACAAGACAAACCUCCACAGACAACAGGUAUAAAUCUUGCAUCUGCCCUCUGAGAUAUGAUCAGAGCUGGAGUUUCUAAAUAUUGCAUGAUUGUCCUCCAUGGUGAGUGCGGGGUGAUUACAGGUGUCUAUCACAACAACGGGAAAAGUGGGGCGUUGCUGAAAGAGCCUUUGUCUCUGUGUAGACAGCACACUGGGUCAUAUCGGCUCCUGUUUACAUGUUUGCCUGUCUGUUUCCUGGUAAUGUGGGUCAGAGAAAAUCCACCAAAGUGUAGAGAAACAGAGACUGAGAGAAGAGUUGCUAUUUCACUUUUCUGUCUGUCUCUCUGUGUGCUCUUUUUUCCUAUUACGCUAUUCUGUAAUACCUCUUAUUAGCUCCAGGUCUUAGCUUUCCUACUACAUUUUGUUUGCAGCUUUAGCAGCCGUGUUGGUCCCCCCUGUACGCUGUCUGACGGGAGCCGAACACUCUGUUCUUUGUUUAGAGCCAGUACUAUGAAUUAUAGAUAGAGGAAGCUGCUCCGAUAUGUCACUUUCUUAGGCUCGGAAGAACACACACACACACACACACACACACACACACACACACACACACACACACACACACACACACACACACACACACACACACACACUCACAUUUAAGAAAGCUAGAUACAAUAGAGAACAUGCACACACACUUGCAGCUAGAAAAGGAAUAUAUUAUGAUGUAAAUGUUUGUAAACCGAGCCAAAACUGGUGAGUGGAAGUAAACUAAUACGCAGCAGAAACUCAGAGAUGCACACACAAACCGGAUUCACACUCACACACAUGCACACACACAUCAGGGUGCAUCCUGGGAAACAGUUCUUCUUUAUUUUGAAGGCUUUUCAGAGUCGCCCACAGCGCUCCAAAUACAUACACCCCUGGAAAUCUACUCUGGCUUUGGUUGCCUUUAAAGCUCUGUUGUCGGCUCUAAAUACAUUACAAACACAGACACACACAUGCACACAAACACACACAGACACACACACACAAUGGUUGUUACUGACUCUCAGCUGAGAAAAGGCGCAGACACAUGGUGUAAUAAUCAUGUUGUCGCAUGAGCCCAUAGAGAAAAGAGCAUGCUGUCUUGUUUUCUUGCGUUUUUUUUGUUUUAACAAUAGAAAAAAAUUCGCACACUUGCUCAGCAGGAGGUCUUCACACAUAAUCCCUCAGACUGGGUACAUUUAGGUGUCUGCUGAGAUGUUAAUUGGUUGUUGUUCAUGUUGUUUCUUCUCUGCCAUGCGACUUGAGUGUAGGUGUCUGCACACGUGUCUCACCAUAGGUUAGAAGAGAAAAUCUUGUCCGAUCAAUUUCCUUUUUGGUGAUAGUAGAUAAAACGAUGUGACGUGGGGCAGGCAGACAAGCAGUCACAUGAUCAGACAGGAAGUGAACGCAAGCCACAUACACACUGCAAUAGUGCAACAGUGCAGUAGUCAACUCAGCCAUCACAGUGCCCUUUUGCUUCCUCACAAUGACUCAUUGGUGUAAUAUACUAGUGUUCCAGUGGGUGACUGUACAUUGCAUUAUGGUGCCAUGGAAACGUGAGGGGCAUAGCUUGUGAAUACAGAGCUCCAUAUAGACACAAAAUGGCCGUAUGUAAGCGCCUGAAGCCUUAGGUGGUCCCAAACAAAAAGUUUGGGAUAUUAAAAUCAAAACUCAGAAAAGUGUCAGUUUUUUUACUGAUGGUUGUGUUAGCUUAUAUUGGUAAUAAAAAUACAUCACUGUUAAUGUCAGUUUGUUUUAUAACCUGUUGAAAAUUCUUCACACAAAGUAAGAUUAAAAAAUCAAUCAAGCUAAAUUCUGUUUCUUUUAUGGCCUACUUUAGGAAGUUAUGUAUAGUUUAACAAAAAUCAUGUUCACUGCUUUACCUCUACCUUUUGAACUUAAGUUUUCAAUGAAACAUUUAGCUUAUGAAUGUACUGCUCAUCAGUGAUGUCUGGCUUUAGUCGAUUGAACAAUCAAAUAUUGUCCAUCUCACUAGUCAGCACCAGUUACCACUUUUUAAACAGAUUAUUAAAGUCUCACUUCGAUCAGUAAUUUUACUACUUAAAGUGUCUUGAAGUUGUGAUUAUUAAAUUUUUAGCCAAAAUCACGUUACCUGUGUCAUUUCCGAGGGCUUUUCUUCUGCAGAGCUCCAGUAGCUCAUAAGCAAUAAGGUGACAGUGCUGCUCUGCACACUCCUCUUCAUGAUAGUUUGUAGCCUAACUUUGCAGGUGUAGUAGAAGUGGCAGGUAAUCGGAGCUAUUCAGCUCUCAGAUACUAAAGUCUUUAGCGGCAUGAUGAAAGCUAAUAUCAUAAUUAGCUUGCUUAGGAGCAUAGCAAUCCACUAACGCAUACGCUUGUACCGCAAAUGUCUUCUCUACUUUUCUGAGUGCCACCUGCAUAGCGGGGCUCCGGGGGUGGAGCUUGGAUUUGCUACAUAGGAAAUCUCACAGAAUCUGAGCCUGCAGUACGGGUCUGUCGGAGAUUCACAGCGAUUUGAAUACUGAAAUACUCAGCAAUGCAAUUUGGCACUUAGUUUUAGCAUGAUAUGUCCUGUUGCAUCAGAAAAAUGUCAUAUAAACAUGUAGACAACAAGAAAAAACACAAUUUUCUUCAGAGUGGGUCAGAGCCACCCAAAUCUGUUUAAAUGCUUCUGCCACAAUAACGCUCAACAGCCUGGAUGUAAACAAGCUCAGAUGGCAGCUUGUAGCACAGUGCAUGAGAAAACUGAGAUUAAGUUGUAUUUAGCCUGUUUUUGGUUAAACUGGUGUAUAUGUAUGAUGCAAUGUAAAACAAGCUCAGGCAUGUGGAUGGUAUCCUGCAAAGAGUUGAAGGCUGGUGGUUUAAUAGUUGUGCUAAACUUUGACUGACUAAUGUAACUGGCCUAAAAUGCAAAAAGAUCAAAAAACAAACAAAAAAAGGAUCCAAGUUGUCGGAGAAGUUUAUUUUUUUAGGAGGAUCUCCACUGAGUUUGUUACUGCAUGUUUGCUGCUCGGUCAAACAGAGUCCAGUCUAUAUUUGGUAGCAAAGGAUUUUACUCCCACUGAAGUGAACUUCAUGAACUUGGACUCUGCUCAUCACUUUCAUGAUGUCACCAGGUGUCAAAUCUGGAUCUCCUCCAAAGAUAAUAAUUUGGAGGAGAUGAUAAAUGCAUCUAGAAAUACACCCAAGGGCAUUUUCUGAGACUACAGAUACAUGUUUUGGUUGAGGACUGCCAAAAACCAGGAGGUAUGAAGUCUCAAACAAAGCAGCUGUGAGUCCAUAAUAGGAAACUCAAUCCUGAGAGCUGUUCUGGGAAACUCUUUGUUAAUUUUUCUUCUUUAUUUGGCAUCUGGUUGUUGUGCUCACCAGUAUUUAUUGGGCCAUGGUAGAGCAGUAGAACAACAGAUAAAUUCUUAAACUUAAUGAUGUUCUCUUUAAUGCCAGUAAAAACUGAGUAAUGGUAAGUGUUGCUUACUGUGGCAGUGGUAAUAUUUGGAGGCCAUUAGCUGGGCAUGAUCUGCUGCUGCACUGCGACUGUUUUCUAAAUGAUAUAGGAGGAGCGCGGGGAGAACGGAGGAGUAAGCACUUUUGUUAUCAUCUCCUUGUCAGAUCCUCACAAGCACAGCCCUCUAUUACACUGCUAAUAAUAGAGGCAGGCCUUAUCGCUCUGAGCACCAUCACAGUAGAAGAAAGGGGGGAGAAUGAAAGAGAAUCUGCCCCGCGAUAUUGACAAAACUCAUAUUGCCUUUUUUUCCGCUACGAUAUCGUCAGAGAGAAAGCGAACAUCAGACAGGCAGGUAAAGAGAAAGAUGUUGUCGCUAGAAGUCCAAAAGCAAGUUGUGAUGAAUGUUUGAUUGGCAUCUUAAAGAGGAAACCAAGCCCGGGAUAAAAGUGCGUGCAUGUGUCUUUGUAGUGUGUAUAGCUGAACAUGUGUGGGUGGGAAGAGCUAGAGCCAGGUUUUUCUCCUGGUUUGAGCUGCAUCCAGUAGUGCAUGUCUGGUAAAGAUGGAGACCCAUCAAAGAAGGAAAAAAAAAACAAGUUCAGAUUGGAGCAGAUAUCUUUGCUGCAUCAAGGCCCCCCAGUAUCAAAGCUAGACUCGAUCCCACUGUGCAGCCUUGAAGGAAGGUAGAGCAGAUAGGCAGAGAUUAGCAGGGUGGAGUUUAAGGGACAUGUUUGGUCAAAACAAAGCUGAGCAGAUGAGAUAUGACUGUAGAUGAAUGCGCGGGAGGCAGGAAAGACUCCUUGUUUGUCGUGGUGCCGUCGUUUCUUCUGACGUCUUGAUGCGAAAAGAGGCUGUUUGUUUAGCAAUGAGGACUUCUUGAAGUUUGGCCUAUUUGUAGAGCUGGAAAAGACAGAGGCAUAUUCUCCGUUUGUUUAAGGUUCUAUGUCAAGCGAUUUAUAUUUAACAUUUGAGCCUCCAAGUCCAUUAUGUGUUUGACAUUUAUUUUAGCGCAUAACAAAGUUAAACUAGAAUUUAUGAGCCUAUUUUUAAUGGCUGGGAUUAUGCGGUGACGUUUCCUUGGGUUAUUCUGCAGCUUUGAUCACAAGCAUGAGAUUUUUUUUUUUUUUCCUGUAUUGUUUGGAGCAAAAAAACCUCCCACAGAACUUGUGUCAGUGUUUGUACUUCUGCACUGUCAGAACAGUUCUGCAGAAUCUGUACAGAGAUGUGAAGGCUUUGAACACACUCAGAGACGCACAAAAAGUCUCUCUUUCUGAAACUCAAACACAUUCGAACACACUGUCCGUCACUAUUUUCCUUACUUCUACACACACAUCCCCAAUCCUCACAGACACACACACACUGAUGCAGCUCCUUUUGGUCAUAUAUUCUCUUUGCUGUCCCUGCCUCUGUGUUAUGUGUGUGUUUGCAGAUGAUGCGUGAGCUUGCUUGCAUGAUCACCUUAGUUUGUCAGCAGACGAGGGUAUAAAUGUGUGGUUUCUCUUUUUUAUAUUUUAGAGAGUAUCCCAGAAAGUUUUUGUGUCAGUUAUAAAUAAUAGAGAAAGCUGAAUCCAAAAGGGAGAGCAGUCAGACUGACAGUCGUGUCUUUGAUGGUUCGGUCUUUUAAACACUGAAAACCAAUUAGGUGGGUCAGGGGCCUGGGGAGCACGACUGAAGAGAACCCGGUGCCACCGUUCUGUCAUCAGCGGCUUCAAUCAACGCUCAGCGACGGCUAACACACUCUUUAUUUCUCCAACGCAUACACAUGCACAUGAAAGAGCGGGGAACAGUUUAGUUAUCCGGGUGGCUCUGUCGCAGUGUUUUCAUUCGGCUGUCAAGUGAAUUAUAUGAGAGCUUUUGAAAUGUUACAAAAAGUAAAAUGUAAAUUAGAUUUCAAUACGCUGAGUUAGACUCAUUUAAGUGGAUAUCCCUAUGGUACUUGAUGCGGCUUUGUUUAAAAAUAAGGAAAAUGGAGAAAACGCAUUAAAGAAUGGGUGAUGUACUGCUGCUGUUGUUUUCUUCUGUCAGCUGCAGCAAAACAAAGAAAUACAUUUCAUUCGAUACCCUCAUGCACAAUUGAUCGGCUGUGCCUUCAUGAUGGGAAGCCAAUACUCAGAGCACAGGUGACAUUUCUUUAAGGUUGUCAGUCAGUCGUGCUGCUUUUUACUAGACUGUUCUUUGCUGCACUUUCAAAAUAUCCUAACCUUUUGUUGAUGCUCCUGCCUUGAAAGUAACUGUAUAAAGGCAGAUAGUACAUGUAAACCUAUUUUUGUCACGUUUGUGUUUGUUUGAUGUUUAUGAAAAAAACUGAAAUUCAUAUUGUUGCAUUUAUGUUAUAUCCUAAAGCAAACAACACCAUCAGGGACAAGGUUGACUAUCUAUUUUUUGUCAUUUUUAAUACCUUACCUUGGUGUGAGGGGGGUAGGUGCCAGCUGACCAGCAGAAGAAAAAGCCCAGUCUUUUGAUUCAGAUUCAGAUUCAGACUUUUAUUGUCAUUGUACGAGGCAUGCAACGAAAUUAAAACAGCUUGGAGUGGUGUUUUCCUAAGAAAGUGGAGUACAAAAAUGAAAUAAAUUAUGAAAUAAAAUAGUACAAAAUAAAAUUGAAUAAAAUAGAAUAGACUAUGUACAAAAUGUACGUUGCAAUUUUGCAAUUUCUACAUAAAAUGUUCACAAUAAAAAAUACAUUUGACUGUCAAAAGUUGGCAGGAUGAGAUUUUUUUUAAUCAAAAGUCACGACUUAAGCAAAUCAGUCAAGAUAAGUAGGGGCUAAUUGUGACACAAUAGCCACUAUCUGAAAAAAAUCCUUAUAGGUGCUUUAAAAUGAACAGAAAUCUUACUUAAAUAUUUAUAAAAAAAAAAACGAUUGAAUGAAACUAAUAGUAUGCAAUCUAACUAGCAUUACUUUUCACUUAGUAUAUGAUGUUAUUAGAUAUAACAGUAUAAUACAACACUAUACUAUUGGUUAUGGUAAAAUUCAAUUCAAUAAGAAUUUUUUCACAAGUCUUAAGAAAGUGAGUAACCCAGUUUGUGUUUACACCUUUAAAAGGUGAUAGUUGUGUUUUUGUUGUGAACCUUUUGUGUUGCUUUUUUACUGAUUUAUGCUUUGAUUACUUUAUUACCUGAGGAGACUUUUGUUUUUAAAAAAACAUAAAUGGAACUUCUGUCAGAUAAUAAAGUUAGAGAUCAACAGGAAAAGUGCUGGUGUAUUCACACUGCCCCUAGAGUCGUAAGCUUGUACUUAGUCCUAUUUUUAUUUGUUUAUUCUGUCUUUCUAUCUUUACUUACAGAGUAGAUGUGUGAGCUCUACUCAGGACACCUAUGGGGGACUAGAGAGAGAGGGAGAAGGGGUAAUUUACUAGUUUUUCAUCACUAAUGGCAUUCUAACGUGGAUAAAAAGAAAACGACUAAAAAUGUUGGUUCAUAUUCUUGUCCACAGACACGUCAGGGAAACAAUAGGAGUGCACCUUAAACUGCUGUUGUGCAGACAUAGUACAACAACAACAACAACAAUAGUAUGCACAAUUGUACGGUAACAGUGCCAGAGAUAAUGACACAAGUAUGUGUACUAUUACAGGAACAGCAUGAUUAUGAUAACAAACUCAAGUCACUAGGUUUAUAGAAUUAGUAAUAGCAUAGCAGCGAUAGUAUUUGUAAUGAUGAAGUUUAAGUAAAUAAUGGUGGAUGGCACUAAAGUAGAAAGGACUCAUAAGUUAACUUAUGUUUUGAAGCAGCAUUAAAAAUGGAAAAGUGAUGCACAUAGUUCAUGAUCAUUUUCCUGACCCGGUGCAGUUUUUAAUAAGAGGUGAGACAGAGUGCAUGUCACUCAAUACAACAAAUUUAGCUUCAUCCCUGCUGAGCGGCAGACGUGUCUGUGGCCUUUCCACUUUUGUUUGAGCUGCUUAACUCUCAGCUAUAUUUUUAAAGGGCAAAUGUGACCGACAUCUGCAGAGGAUAGUCAUCUGCCUGAAAAUAUGUUCUUGUUAUAGAUUAUGAGCUCCUAAACACUCUUGGAGAAAUGUGCAUUUACAUUUUAAUUAAGAAAUUAAGAGGACAGUUGUUUUUCUGGGGCCUCAGGGCAGAAAAGUGGCAUUUUCUUACUGGAGAUUAGAAAAAUCAACAUCCAGAAGUGGCACCUUUGACAUCUGACAUCUUUAUUUAUUUUAAUUGAGGGACAAUUGAUUAUCAAAAAGAAUCACUUUUAUAUGAGUCUAUACAUUUUAAUAUAGCCUUUAACCUGCCCUACAUUAGAUCACGAUGCCCUAAGGGUUAUAUGGGUGACAGUCCGGCAUGUUGCGUGAUAAGGCUGAACUUCCAGACACAACUAGUGGAGCAGCUACACUCUGGUCUGCUGAGAUAGCAGUGGCCUUUCUCCUCUUUCCUCAAGCUGUGCCUGUUUGACCAUUCAGCCAGCCAAAUGUGCCAACCUCAUCAAGGUGCUCAGCACUGCCCUUUUCAAUAAUUCAUCCCCAAAUUUGCUGGGGGGAUGGGGGGUUUGAGGUUUGUCUAACAGCUUGCCGUACAGGGGAGUGGUUUCUCUAAUUGGAGUGACAUGCAGUCCCUCUCUGUCAGAGCUGAAUGUCAUUAGAGAAGCAGCCAAAUACCAUGUGCAGUUUGACGCUAAGUCACAGAUGCUGGUUUUAAAGUGCAACAAGUGCAACACUCAUGUACACUCACUUUAUAAACACGAGCCCUUCACUCCUGCUCAUUUAUAAGAAUCCAGUGCAAGCCUGUGAGCAUGCAUGUGUAUUUCUUAAUGUUUUGUCUGCCUCUAAUUUCUCUCUUUUCUCUCACAUAUUUGUCUUGCAAGUUUUUUUUUUUCACUUGCACACACGGGCAUACACGCCCACAUAAACAAAACCACUAAAAUUCUAAUAAAGCGAGGCAUUUUUAGCCUAGUGCUCCCUACCUAACCCCAUUCCUAACUAAAGCUACAUCCUAAUGGUCACUGUAAUUCUCCUGGAGCUAAUUAGACUGUAUACACACACACACACACACACACACACACACACACACACACACACACACACACACACACACACACACACACACACACACACACACACAGUGUGCGCAUGUACAUACAUGCAAACUGCCUCUGUAGUGCCGCGGAGAGGUGUAAUUAUAAAGUCUAAUUCCUGUAUGGUUUUACAUUAUUUAUGAAGUAGUGUUGGUGGUGUCACACUGACCUUCCUCUAAUGAUGCUACACACACAUGCACACACCUACAUGCACUCACAUGCACUCCAAUGUUGUACAAGCAUCAUUUGCAACACACACUCGCAUUCAAACACACAACCGUAGCCCCAUAUUUCCCCUCAGUGAUCUGAAUAUAUCCCCGCAUUUCCAACCAAGUCUAAAACCUUUCAAGUGGCUCCCAGCUGUGACUUGGUGCUGGUUCAACAGCUUGAAGGUUGCAUUUAUUUUCAGUUUGAAUAAUGCGUCACUGAGAGGCAAAUAAAACCGACACUGGCAAACAACUUAUUGUUUUAAGAAGGGUGGUAGCUGUUGGCUCUUCUUUUCAGCAUAAGCGUCUUUGUGCAUUUGACGUGAAUGGUGAAGGACAUGCUUAGAUGUCUGAUAACGUCAAUAAUGCGUCGGCUCUAUAUUUGAUACAGUAUCAGCACAGAAAGUGGAUUCAAACCAAUGACUCCAGCUUGGCUGUUGGAGUGAUUGCCAGUGGCGGAGAUUAUGUACUGCAAUCUGACAUUUUGCCUGAAAUCUCUGCUUUUCUCCUACACAAACAGUUUUGUUUCCAUGAUUUGUCACUAUGCAGUAGUACAGAGGGAACAAUGCUGAAGAUGACAGCUUGUCAGAUAGGCCAGAACAUGCCAGUGUUAGUGGGUGUACAGACAUAAUCCUCAUUGUUCUAAGUCUAGCACAAGUGUCAGAACCCACUUCUUCAUGUAGGCGUCUCCUGCCUCCAUGUUUCAGACAGUUUGGCCCCGUCAUAUAUGGAUAAAAGCACGCGCACAUAAAAGGACAAAAUCAUCAUUACUUAUGCAUCCUGCACUGAACACUUACUGCAUCUGUGCACUCUGUUGACUACUACAGAAAGCAUCUUCCCCUUUAACUUUCCAUAGGUCCAAGGCAAAGAGUCGAUCACUGAUAUCCUCUAAAUAGCCAAGAAAAUAACAUAAUUUAUUCUGAUUUAACAACAAUAACACGAUGGGAUUCACCGCAUAUGCACUCGCACAGCCUUCAUCUUCAUCUUUACAACAAUGUAAAUAUGACAGUAAGGAAACACGCCUGUCUGUCAGAGCUAGUCCUGCCCCCGUAUGCUCUGGAAAUAAACUGACAAAACAUUGUGCUCACUGAACGGGGACAUCCUCAUUAGAUCUGCUACUUUGGAAAACAACAGAAAGCUCUGGUGGCAGCACCAGAAAGAAGCUCUGACAAGUCCUCCGAGUUUGCAGUGCUCUUUAUAUACACUACACAGACAUUAAUGGGCUUCAUGACCGAAUAAAAAUAUGUAUAUUCUUCAGACGGACCCCACACUGUGUCUUAGGGGUAGCCGUAUUGUAGAAGGCAAACAGUGUUAUGGCAGUAUUGUCAAAGUAAUAUCACUGCUUUGGUCCAUAUUGCACAAGAUCAGAUGAGUCAGAUAAGCACAAAAAGGCUCUCUUUAAAUGUUUACAGCUAUUUGCCGACUUUUUUGGCAAAAACUCAAGAGGAACUCCAGUCACCAUGACAGUAAUUUACUACACUGGUUUCCAGUUUGGAGUCUGGGCUGCCCCAAGGGGGGAGAUCUCAGGGGGGUGUGGAGCUUUGUCUACUCUGAGGUUGUCAAAAUUAGAUUUGCACGUUGAACUAAAACCAUUAAAACACACUAGUUGGAUAGUUUAAUUAGUUCUACCAGUGAAUAAAACAGUGACAAAAGCAUUUUUUUAUCACUUCUGUUGGUGAAAGUAUUAAAAUGAAUGCAUGUUUUGACAGUGAUGCAUCACUUUUCCUGAGAGGGCUUUAGGGGGCCCUGAAUUUCUGGUAUGAAAGAAAAAGAGGUUGAGAACCAAUAAUUCACUGCAUAUUCACAAUGGACAAUCUUGUUAAACUGAUAAAUAUUUGCCAUCUCAUGAUAAAUAUGAUAAAUGCAAGUUGAUGACGCAAGUGUGAGCGGCAGACUCACAGCCAUGGCCCACACAGAUCAGAAUAACAAAACAAACAUGGCUGAACGCAAUAAAGAGGAUGUCACUUAGCAGCUCGUUACUGAAUGAGAAGGUUUAGAUGAGUGCAGUCAGGUGUGCCUGACAAAGGACAGUUGAUCUGCUGCUGUUCACUCUGUGCAAUAAGAGUUUUCAAUACAUAUUGAAAAUGUUUUUACAUUUGAGAUUUGUUUGAUGUCAUUAGUUUUCUCCAUAACCUCUUAUUUGACGAUUCCAACUGGUGUUGGUGUGGGAAGACAAAAUGAGUCAAAAAUACAGAGUAAAAUUAUAAUAUUUUUAAUGGGACUGGCAAAUUUUAUUGUGAUAAUUUUUUCUUAAGCCCAUAUCGCCCAUCCCUAGUUGUAAUUAAGAUCAUUGUAUAACCACUAUUCAGUUGCAUGCAGUAUUGCCACUGGUUCAUUUGAAAAAUUUAAAAUCACACACUUAAGUGGGCUUUAUUGUUUCUCUUUUUAAUGCAAAAUAACUACAAACAAAAACAUUCCCGCUGAUGUUUGCAUCUAACUGCAUCCUGCAAGUAAUUUCCAUCCCAUCCUGUUGUGUUUCUCAAGACACCUGAACUCUUAGUAAUGUAAAACAGCUGGCAUUUCACUUUGCGCACAGCUGUGAUAGAAAACCCACAGAAAACAAAGGCUAACGGAGGUAAAUGUCACACACUCCAACGCACCGAGGCAAUAUUUUUCUCAUUUUGGGUGUGAUGGUUAUUUUAUUAUUUUUGUUCUGACAAGUAAUCUCCAAGAUAUAAAGUCUUUGUUAUUUCAUGCUGCCGGUUUGAACAUUAGCUGAAGGCGUCAAAUAAUUUCUUGCACAAGAGUCAAACAGUGGCUGAUCACACUGGAUGAGUGAAGAGUAUAAAGAGGAAAAGUCAAAGCAGGAAAAGUCUGGGAAAGUCAAUCUUCUACAUCUAUGUAUUUUUUUCACUUUGGCUCAACUUUCUGGUGGAACUCAUCUCGUAUUUGCAUUUCCCUCCUCUGGGUGUGCUAUUUUCCUUCCAUCCAAAUUAUACCACACUGGGAAUACUCCUGCUGUUACCCUUGACUGAGGAAGUGAAGAUGGUCACUGGGUGCUUGGCUACAAGUGCCUGCUGUUUCUAAUUAUAUCAGAUGGGUCAAAUGAAGAGGACAAAUUUCCCAAAGCAGGAGUGUAACAUAUCUUACAUUACUUCAAGCCUCAUAGAGUCUCUAAUUAUUUCACACAUUUAAUGAAUGUUAUCUUAAAUGAAAGUCUCUUUUCAUUAAGUGAUGUUAGCCAAAAACUCUCUCAGCCAGGAAACUUUAAUGUCACGACGAUAUGGAUAGAUGACCCUGGCUGAUCCUCCUGGCGUGUUUGUACGCCUUCUGCUAACUGCCGCUCAUUUGGGUGGAGGGAUUUAAGUAUGCAGAACUGUGUUUCUCCGUCAUGCUACAGCUCACCCCUCUUCCUCCUUAACUCGCACACACUCCCCUGAUGCUCAAGAAUGAAGAGCAAACUUUAUUUACUCUCUGCUUUGAGAGCUUUGCACAGAGAUAUUUUCAUUUCAAAGCAUGUAAUUAGCCAUGGCCGUGUGUUUGUGCGCGUGUGUGUGUGCAUGGGAUUUCUGGGGCACUGAGUAAAACAAUAGGCUGGUUCAGAUUGCUCAUCUGCUAAUCACACCUGCAGAGCUAAAGGGAACAAUGGACAAUGAGCUAAGCAGCCUGCAUAUCUCAUCUUUCUGCAUGCGUGUCUGUUAGCGUGUCGCAUGGCAGACCGUACAUGAAUUUGGUUUUCAGGAAUGUUUUUCACAGUUUUUCCCCCGUCUGAUGACAUGACUCACUCUGGGUUAUCCGCCCUAAAAUAACAAACAGUCUCGAUAUGUCAAUUAAGAUGUGACAGACAGCCCAGAUAGAUUGGAGGCAAAGCGUGGGAAAGACAAACCUUACUCAAACAGGUGUAGUCGGAUAGAUGUGUGCCAUUAUUGUCUCUGUGACAGAGGAAAAGCAAAUUCAGCAGGAUAGAUGGUUUCAGAUGGUAGAAAAAGAGAAAAGCAGUUUUUUUUUCUCUUAAAAUCACUCUGACUGUAUGCAUUUCCUGUCUCUGAGUGGUUGGUUUCAGAUGUGUUCAGCAUCUUAUUUAAAUGAACUGUCAGCUUGCUGUAAGCUCUCCCAGUCUCUGUUUACUGGUCCAGUUCCUCUUGACAGUUUGCAUAAAGCAUUUUACAAUUAUGUCCAUUAAGCACUAUUUUUCUUUCUGCUGAGGCCCUCUAGGAGGACGACUGAAGUCUACUCCAGACUUUUGUUUGGGGUUGAUAAACCUGUUUUUGUGUGUGUGUGCAUUUAUUUCCAUGUGUAUCUGUGUAAAUGUGCUCGCUCCAGUAUGCAUGUCGGCCUCAUUGUGACUGCCACGGGGCUGAUAGCAGAGAGUGGAGUUGACGUGGCUUCUCCUCAGCCUCGCCUGUAGACCUGGGAAGCCUCGAUAAGACACCGGGGCUCUGAAGCCUCUAAAAAGACACAUCAGUGUGGAGAGCAGAAUAAGGAGAUAUGGAAGUGAGGAGGGGGAGGAGAAGGUAGAAGAAGAGGAAGAAGGGAGGAAGGUGGGAAUGUAAAAGAAAAAUCCCUCUCUGCCUUUUGGCGAUGGUUCCCAAUAAAGUUUUCUCCCCCUGCCAUUACGUCAAAAAUCCCCACAAUCCUUUUAGUCACAGCGGGGAUGGGAGAGCCCUCAAAGCGAGUUGGUCUCCCACAUACACACACACAAACACACGGCACCUUUUUAAGGGUUCAUAUUUGUCAUAAAUGGUUUGAACUUGGUUAAUUCUGUCUGAAGGCUCAUUCCAGUUUUUCCUUUGGCUGUGUUACUCACACAGUCUUAAAACUCAAAGAUAUCCUGAAUAUCCCAAAGAAGGUGUUUUUUGUGGCAUAUUGAGGCUGAGAUUUGGAUUCACAUACCAUGUAUACAGGAUAAAGUUUAUUAUUAACCCGGGUUUUAUCAAGGGUUUUAAAGUUAGAUGCCACCUCAUCUGUUGCUCUGACGGUAAAAGGCAAAGUUCAGUUUAGGAUUGCAUUUUCAGCAUGGCACUUAAGUUGACAGAAGUCAUCCAUUUUUGAGAGAGACAUCAUCCUGAAACACCGAAAAAACCUUUCACGGACCUUUUACCAAGUUGGCAAGAUGAGGAGCUUCCUCCUGCAGGAAACAUUCUGACCUAAGAAAGUAAAAGCGUGUCUUAAAAACAACUCUAGCGUUUCAGUGGUUACCUCUCCGCUGCCUCUCCCAUCUCAGAAGGCGAUCACGACUUGAGUGUGGAGACAGGAGGAGUUAAAGGUGGCGAUGAUGUGUGUCUGUUUGUGUGUGUGCAUGUGUGAGCAUGUAGGCAUGUGUGGUAUUUGUUCAGAUGUGAGAUUGAUGGGUUAAUAGUGGUGUGUUAGUAUGUCUCUGUGUAAGUGUGUGUGUGUGUGUGUGUGUGUUUGUGCAAUUUCAGGUUAGAAAAACACCUCUUGAUGGAUGGAUGGAAGAGCCAGGCAAAAGGGAGAGACAGUGAAGGGGUUGACAAUGAAGAGGAGAAACACUGGCUGUGUUUUGAUUUGGUCAUGAAAGACUAAAGGGUGGCUGUGGAAUCUAGGUGACACCUGACGCUUCUUUUCUACAGCUUUUUCCCCUCUCUCUUUCUCUUCUUUGGCUUUGGCUUCGUUUACUUUUUACACUUCAAGGAUAAAGUACAAUCAAAGCUUUCAUAUCUGUUUUUUCUUCCUCUGUGAGAUGUUGAAAGAGGAGAAUCUAGGGUACUGCAUUAGGUUGAAUAAGGUCUCUGAUGUUAUUUUUCAGAGAUGAGUUUUAUUUCAGGAAUGCAGAGCUUUGUAGCACACAGACAGACACUGUGUCUAUAUUGCAAUGAUGAGAAUGUGACCUCUGUACUGAAUUUGAGUUUGACUGGAUGAUGAAAAUAAUGUGAACUCUUACACUGCAGUCUUGUGGCAGAAAUCAAAACGAAAAAGUUAGAAUGAGAACUUUCAAAUGAUUAUUUUUAAUCACUGUUUACUUUUAAUGUCAGUAUUUGAUUUGAGUUCAUCCUCUUUUUAAGAGAUGUUCUUGUUUUGCAUUUGAAAACCCUUUUGAAGUCCACUUAAAUCAAAUCUAGUUGUUGAUUGAUACCAGUUUUCAGAGAGAAGGAUGGCCAAUGACCAGUUUGAAACAUCGUUGUGUGUAUUCAUUAAUAAAUACAAAAGUAUUUGGCUCAGUAUACUAUCACCAAAAGGGACUUUUGGAUUCCUGAAAUUAAUUAGAAAAGAUAAAAUAUAGAGAAAUAUUUAUAUAAAUAUUCACAAGUGCAGUGGUGUCAUAUUCCACUGCAGUGGCUGGAGGAAGCAAGAAGUGACAACUUGACUUUGUUGAACCAAAAUGGACAAAAUGGUGACCAAAUAAAAACGCAAUUUGUGUUUUAAUACGAAAGAGGAUUAGGGCCACAAGAAGAGAAAAAAAUAACGUCAGAAGGGAGAUUUUUUUUAUUUCCAUUUCAAGAUUAAAGUCCAAGUUUAAAAUUCCAAAUUUCGACUUUAUUGAAUGUCAACUUCAAUCCAGAAGUUUAGACUUUAAUCUUGAAAUUUCAAUUUUUUAUCCUGAAAUUUGGACUUUAUUGACGUAAUUUUGAUUUCUUUAAUGUCUAAAUUUUGACUUGAAUCUCAAAAUUCCAUUUUUUAAUCUCGAAAUUUGACUUUAUUGACAUAAUUUAGAUUUUUUUAAUGUCCAAAUAUCGGCUUUAAUCUCGAAAUUUAAAUUUUUAUCCCAAAAUUAUGACUUAAUUGACAUAAUAUCGAUAUUUUUAAUGUCGAAAUUUUGACUUUAAUCUCGAAUUUUGACUUUAAUCUCCUUCCUGUUAUUAUUUCUCUUUUCUUCAUGUGGCCCUAAUCCUCUUUUAUAGUUUUAAUACUGGACCUGAAGUGAAUACAGUUAAUACAUCAACACUGGGAGCCUCACUCAGUAUGUGACAUAAGCAGUACUUAAUUAUACAAAAAUGAAUGUACUCUGUCAACAGUUAAUUACAAAGUGUGCAUGGGUCUCUCUUUAAAAGAUGAGACUGUCACAUAUUGUCACCACUAGAUGCAUGAAGCAUCUUUUCUGGGCGUUGUGACUGACCUCAAGAACUGUUCAGCUGCAGAGAUUCUCAAACACUCUGAGAAUUUUAAGGACUUCUUGUUUGUUUGCCUUCCAGAUGAUAAGUGCUUUGGUUGAAUUCCCAUGACAACUGCAUUUACACUGCAGAGGAAAAACAUUAACUUAAUGGCACCCCUGUGGUGUUAUGGUGAUAGGGUUGAUGUUAAUUAUAGGUCAACUGCUGUGCCUAACAUCGGGCAAAACUCAUCACAUACAGAACGUUGAAACUUCACCUCCUCUGUCUUGAAGUAUCUUAAAGUUAUUUCUUCCAUAGGCAGCAGUGGCGAGAGCACAGUUUUGUUGUUAAGGACGUACACUGUGUAAAAAAGAGAGUUGCUCCCACCAUGACUUUAUUGGUUUGUGUGGCACCCUGCUGCGUCUGGAGGUUGGCUUUCUGUCCGUUGCUUUGCUGUUUUGGAACCUUAAAUGAAUUUUUUUCUGACAAGGAGGUUUAAGGAGGUCACUAAGGUUUGCAGAUGCUAUUUGAUUAAGGAUUGACCCCUGUUCAACCGGUGGGGUCCUGUCCUGUGACUGUCCAUAGACACAUCCACAGCAAGACAGCUUCUGGUGUCUGUUUGAGGCAGACACCUGAGGACAUGGAAAGUGCAAAGACUUGGUAUUAAUGUGGUCAUCACACUUUUUCUCCCCCUCUGCUCUGCUAAUCUGGAACACACAGCAGCCACAUUUUCAUCAGAGCCUUUGAUUGUGGAGUUAUAUCAUCCAAUAACAUCUUAAAACAUCACCCCUUGCAGAAAUGAACACCCUGGCAUAAAUCAGAUGGACAGAAAUCUAGUAAAACAAGAGUUAAGUUCCCCAAAUAUAUGACUUUUUCUUUGCUAUUACACAUCCAGGUUAUAAGUCAGCACAACUUCCCACUCUCCUCUUAUUUUACAGCUCUCUGUCUGACUCUGACACUGACUCAGAUAUACGGCAGACUAAUGAGAGGUGAUAGUGAACUUCACAGCAUAGGAUGAGCUCAUUAUGUUGUAAUUUAGUUUUCUCACCGCCUUUAACAGUCAGGUUUCAUCUUUUAUUAUCAGGCAUGCUGGCAUACUUUUCAUGUACUUAACAACGAGUAAUUAAUAUAUACAUACGUUUAUAUGCAGAGUCCACAUGGGCUCAUAUGACACUGUAAAUUUAUCCAGUCUAGGAAUUAGGAUAGGUCUUUUAUUGAGGAAAAGAAGACAAAGAGAAACAUAAAAACACUCCUUAAACAGACUCCCUUUUCUUCUCCUCUAGCUGCCAUCUCAGUUCUACCCCAUCUGGCUGCAACAGUAUGAUGUACAUAUUCAUAUUAUAACUCUCCUAGGUGGUCAUAGUAUGUAUAAUGGAGUUCAUUCUUCUGUCUUUCAGUGUUUUAGUGAGGCAAACUCAAAUCCCAGCAGCUGUGAUAUCUUUGAAUAGCUUGUGGCUUUCUGUGUCACAUCAACUAUUUUUGGUGUCUGUGAAAUGGUUGGAUUGUAAUGAACUCAGUCUGUCUGGAAACUGAUCCCUAAUUUAUAAAAUCAUUAUGCUAAAUCCAAAAGACAGGGCUGUAAGGAGCAUUCAUUGGAUUCUUAGUGUAAGGACUUUGAAAUCUAAUAAUGACUGUUUGGGGGAAACCGUGAAAAAGCAGAGUUUGUGCGGGAAUCAUACUUUUUGUAUGUGGUCUGAAUAAAAAAAGAAAAAAAAUUGGAUAGUAUCAAGGUUUGAUCUGCAGCGGAAUAGCAUUCUGCAAAUUUUUCCCUCUACUCUGAGUUUUUUAUGACCUUAACUUUCAAAUUCUGAGAGCCAAUUUGUAAAAUAGUGUAUUAGUCCUUUGACGGUUAUUGAAAAGAGUUUAGUGCCUUACAAAGUUAGACAGCCCACUUCAAUAAGAGCACUUUUUCAGUGUCAUACUGUAUGCGCUGUAAUAUCACUAAUCUCAUAUCAGUAGAGCUAUAAACUUACCCUCUUUUUUCUUUUAUCUUACGUUUGACCUUUCCUCUUAACUUAGGUUAAAAUAAAACCUGUGUAAGGUGAUACACUUCUGCCAGUCCAAAAAAAAAAAAAGGAAAAGUCAAAUUAUGAGCGGUGUAAAAUCACUCUCCUGUAAGGUUAAUGUUCUUCAGUGAGCCUGAGUUCAGAGAUCGGACUCUUAUUCUUAUUCUUCUCAGAAUGAAGCAUGACUCAUUAGCCCCGAGCACACUGCUCAGUCUGAGUAACUCCCGGCUGAAGUCAGCUCAGACUGUAUGGACAAUUAUAGCCCACCAACCUCUUCGAUAAUCAGUUUCUCCCCGGUGAGCCCAGGUGAAAGGCGAGGUGUCAGAUGUAUAGAUGUUAGAUAGAUGUAAGGAAAAGGGCAAUGCAUUGUAAUACCACAGGAAAAGUGUACUUGUUAAUAACAGCGGGGGAACAAAUGUGACGGACAAGAAUUUAAUGCACUGACUCCCUGUGGCUGUCUCCUGCUUUAAGGUUUAAAUGACUGUGGCUGUUUCAAUCAUUACACAGAGCAAAGGUCAAAACAGUCUGACUUUGUGUCAAACUUUGCAUCAGAAUCAUCCAGACUCUCCAAGAAGAGGAUGUAGCAUCAGAUCAGACAUCUUUAAUAUUAAUGGCCAAGUGUUAUGGCAGCUCUCUCCUUAAUUAAAUAUCUCUUAAAGGUUAAAAUAUUUAGUUUCUCACAGGUCGGAAACAUUAGGACAGAAGUGUGCAAAAGUCAUCAGACAAAGUUAAAGGUGAGGAAAGUUCCUCUCUCCCUGAUGGAAGUGUCCUACUUCAGGUAGCUUUCCUAAUUAGACGCUUCAUCAAGUUAGGUUUGGGUGUUUUCACAUGAAGUCCAGAUAUUUCCGCUUUCUUAUGACAGGUAGUCACACUAAUUAGGCCCCCGCUAAAUCUAAAGGUUAAAAACACUUCAGUGGAAUUUUUGACUUAAAGAUUUGGACAUGAGGAGGUGAAGGGCAGGUUAGCGGGACGGGAAUUUGCCGCACACAAUGUCCACAUACAUUUGGAGAAUUAGCUUGAGAAUCCCUAAUCAGAGUUUCUCGCCGAGGCUUUGUUUGGUCUUUUUUUCAAACUCAGUCCACUGCUGCAAAAGGCUAAUUAAUCUUUUCCCCCUUAAAACUUGCUUCUUGAUCUUUGACUUCUGAAUGUGAGCAGACAGAAAGGAACUGCAGCCACCACAUUACAGUCAGCUAAGUUAAAUAAACGUCAAAUCACCCUCAUAAGUGCAUUAGCGAUAUAGUUUAAGGAGCUUAUUAUGAAUAAACUUAAGGAUUUAUAGCUUUAGCUUGACCUGCACUGCCAGCAGGUUGACUUCUGUGGAAGCUGGUUCAUUGUUCAGCAUACUGUCCUACUGUGUCUCCUUCCCCUUUAGCACCAAGCUAAUUAGGAGGAGGGGGAGUCUGGCUUUGUUGAUGUGGGUGGUUCUGGGACUUAUGGCGUUAGAGAAAAAGGCCAGGGCCACCACCCGCUCUCUAACUAAUGAAAUGAAGCCCAGUCAGGCCUCUUUCCACGGAGCACAUGGCAGGCUAAUGUGGCAAAGUGACAGUGGUGGAAAAAAACCUGUGAAAAUAACAGAAAGCCGGACAGAGAUUGGAAUAAAUAUGGGUACAGACUGACAGAAAAGUGACUCUACUUUGCACAUUUACAGUCAGAGACAUCCAGGAAAGCUUAAUUGCAAAUUUUAUACCGUACAUCGAUUUUUAUCUCUCCCUAAAUUGAGUCCAUCUUUUCCCCACCACUUAUCUCUAACUCUGGUCUUUGCCUGCCUUUUAGACUGUGAAAUGGAGAGUGGUAAUUUCCCCCCGCUUCUCUCUGUAUGUUAAUGAAGCGCUAAUCUGUUCCUGAGCGAGUGCCUUAAUGAGGGCGACGUGCCCCUCGCUCAGCCGGCUAGCUCUCCCGUUAAGCUACCAUUAUGGAAAUAGCUCGGUACCGUGCACGUCGUCCUGGGACCGGACUGAAAUGUAUGCCUUAUUUCCACUUUUAAAGCUUUCUUCUCUCCUCCUUAACAAGGCUGGGUGUUCCUCCGAGGGAAGAGAGCAGUAGAUAAACAAACAUGGUAAUGACGAGCACGGGGAGAGGCUUCACACUCUUUGAGGUCUGGUCGUUUCUCAGAUGCUGGAUGUUGGUGAGGAUAAAUAGGCCACAGAGGACAGAUAGUUGGAGAUAGAGAGUAGAGUGUGAGCCAAGAAUCUAACCUCAACUCUCUUUAAGAUGUGCUCUCGAGUCAUUGAUAUUAGUGUUUGUAUUUUGUAGGUGCCUCUCUAAAAAUCUCCAAUGUGUGAAAAAUAUCAACCAAAGAAUUAAGUUAAUGUGAUUAUCAACAUUAUUUUCCUCUAAAUUAGCGCACGCCAUUGAUCGCGUAACAUCAUCGGAUCCAUAACGCCCGCUGAUGACAGUUAUACUUGACGGUAUUUAGAGAAACACCCUAACCAGAUUAAAAGUAGGAACAGAUGCUGCUGGGAGCUGAAUACGUUUCAAAGACUUGUAUCAAAGGAUAUUAUAGCUUUAUUCAUUCUGCAUGUAUCUAGGCCAGCCCAGCCCCUGCCACUCCCACAGACCACAUAUGAAGGGUGCUGUGGUGGGUGACGAUAAAAUGGAUUAACUUCCCUCGCUCGCAUCUCUCUUAAAAUGAAAUUGCUCAUCUUUAAGGUUCUUCCUUUGUUCUGUUGCCUCGAUUUGUUCGCCCAUGUCUUGUCUCUUAUCCUCCUGUUCGGGUUUUGUCUUUUAUUUUGGUGUUUGUGAACUAGAUUCACUCCUGUUUGUCAUUUCUGAGCCGCUUUGUUGAACACAUGUUGGAAAACACAGAUCAGGUGUGGACGGGCUCCUCUGUGGUUAUCUUCCUCUACCUCUAAGAGAUAUUAGCUGCUGCUGAGAGAUGAGCUGACAUUCAUCUUAAGCUGGCGCUGAGCUGGAGCUUCCGCCCAUCCAUGCACCACUUUUUUUGUGAUAUCCCAUAAAACAGCAGGAGUGUGUAAAAUACACUGGUCUUGGCUUAAAAGGUGGAAGUUCUUUGAGAGGAAACAAAUGAAAGCUAAGUUGAAGUGUUUGAAAUACAAGUCGGAGGUCUUAAGUGAUGUUCGAGAGAGGCGUAUGAAUAUUUUCUCUGUGCUGUGCUGCUCACAUUACACAGUUCACUACAUGGGGCUGAAACCUCAGGAUUCCUCUUCAGAUGAUGAAAAGACACCGGAGCCUCGUCUCAGAUGAAUCUUUCAGGGUGUGCUUAGAUUUAAAGACUCUCUGGGGGCUUUUGUUACAGGUUUUCAAGUUCAUACAUCAAUGAAAUAGUCUUGAACUGCACCGGUUUGUCAGAUUAAGAUUGUCAGGCUUAGGUUGUUGGUGGACUAGUUUGAUGUAGGCGAAGCUUAAUGGUUCUUGCUUCCUCCUUCCUUCCACCCCAUAUGGAGAGGUUUAACAAGAAAUCCACAAAACCCCUGCAUGUAAUUCCCUUUAUUAUGACUAGUUAUCAGUUAUGCGUCAUGCUUAGGGUUUCAAAAGGUGAAUUACGCUGAAGUAUAUUGUAUGUGGCAAGAGGGGGAUUAAAAUCUCCUGCAGUAGAAACAUGUGUAAUAUACAGAGGCUCUCUAAGUCCUUAGGAGUAUUUAUAAGUCGUCUCAAAGAUGAAGAAAGUGCCCCAGAUUUACUUAUUAAAAAUUUACUGAGUGUUUUGUACAUGGCAUGGUGUGUGUCAGUCUCUUCCUGGUGCCCAUGGCUCAGCUCUGGGCAAUGCUGUGAGAGAAACUCACUGAUACAUGAAGUUGGAUUUAUUAACUAUUCUGAGUCCAGAAAAUGACCAAACAAAAAAAAAAAAAAGAAAAACACAGAAACUGAAACUCUUCAAGGUUUUUUUUGAUGGUGAAAAACUCAUAACAGAAAGCUUGAGUGAUUGAUUUCUGUCACAAUCUCCAGGCACCAGAAGUAGUUAUUGACACAAGGCAAUGCCAAUGAAUCAAAUGAAUGAAAGAGGCACUUUCUUCUCUUAUUGGUUUAGGCUUAUAGACUUUUGGAUAGUGGAGAAACCAUCGACCGCAGCAUGUGGCGGAUGACGCAUUGCAGACGUGCCGACUCGAGGCCUGAUCAGAACCAGACCCUGUUUCUGUGCGACACUGACCACAGCGGGGAGAGAGGAGCUGUCAUAUUUCCCCAUAGAAACCGGGGAUGCAGUCCCAUGCGGUUAGAUAAUAAUGCGGCUCUUCCUCACUGGAGAGAAGUUAAAGGGUGCGAGUCACAGAAGAACCGGUCGUAGAACAUUAGUCAUCAAAGUUCAGGAGUGUCUCUGGGACCGCAGAAAGCACUUCACUGCCUUUAACCCCAUGAAAUUUGCUUGUGUGCAUGCGUGUUGCCGUGCUCCUUUCUUGCAUGAAAGUGUGUUACAUUAAAGUUCAGGCUGCCGAGCAGAGAGAAGCGUGCAUGGAGGAUGUGGCGGCGGUGCAGAUAGUCCCAGUCAUCAUUAGUUAACUGCAGAGGCCACUGAAGAGCACAGAUGUUACCAUGCUGCCUCUGAAGCAAAACAACAUAGACCUCAGCCAGAAUGAUCCCACUAACUAACGCUCUUAUAAUGAGUGCCUUUGACAUGCAGUCUUUACAUUUAAGGAAACUUUUUGUCGCUAUAAUCAUCCAGCUUGAUUUAUGAUCACACCCACUGAAUUAGUUAUCUAACACAGUUUUGCUUCCAGUGAAAUCUUCAAAGUCUAACCGCUGUCUUUGACCUUUUGUCAGACGUAUGCGUAGUUUGCUGCACAGCAUUCAUAGUGAGGACAGAAGAGAGCGUAGCCGAUGGAGGCUACACGUUUUAGGACUAAACUGUUGGUGUGAAGCUGACAGAAGACUUGAAACGAGCAAAGAUGAAGACGGGGAGAGAGGAAGAAGGGCGAGACCUUGAAUGUACUUGGGUUGAACUAGAGGAAAGAAGAAGUAUGGUGCCACAGUACAAUAUGCUGCACAAUAAAACACAUAAAAGUGCAGUGUGUGCCCAUAAAAAAUACUAAGUGUGGCGCAUAACAGUUUUAAAAUUUAAUUAGAAUAGCUAAUUACCAACUGUAAGUCAUUUACCCUUUUUGUAUUUUUAGCCACGUCCACGUUUAUUGAAGCACAAUGCUGCCUGUUUAGUGAGAAUCUCUCUGUGCAGAAAAGAGAGAAAUUAUCCUGUUUAUAUGUCUGCCAUGCUCAAUGAAAUCAGCGAAAUUGAAUAUUUUAUUAAAAGAACAGUGAGGGGCAUUCAAAUGUUUAUUUUUGCUGAGUCCCUGUGAGGGGAGCCUUGGCUAUUAUUUAUGGAUGAAUUUCUAAAAAUGCCUCAAAAGUCCUUUUAUGACACAGCAAGGGGGCCGUCAGUUUAGAACAGCUUAGCGUGUAGCAAACCGAGCUCAACUUUGUACAGGCUUGAUUGCAGGUAAAACUCAGUGAUGCAUCUUCAUACGACCAUUUUUUUUUGUGUGCUUGGAAUAAAAGUUUUUGAAUUCGCACCACCCCAGAACUCUCUGUUACGUCAGUUUUUUUUUAUUGCAAGUAUUCAGUCGGAAACUUGUUAUCACAGAUUAAAAUAAUUCAGUCAGUCAGCGUGCUUAAAAGUUUGUUUAAUAGAUUCUGACUCUGUGGCCCCAAAAGACAAAAAGAAGCCUCUGCACUCAAGAAAAAAAGACCCUGAAUGCAGUAAAUGUGUGUGUGUGUUUAUGUGUGUGUGUGUGUUCAGGCAUGUCUGUUGUGAGCCUCUGUCUGUAUCUGCAUCCGUGCUUCAGUGUGUUUCUGUCAUUCUAGUUCAGUGAGUGGCCCACUGGGUGCAGACAAUCCCCGGCUUUGUGUGUGUGUGUGUCCUGCUGCCGUGCUGUGUACUGUACUGAAAGGGCUCUGGGGAGCGAGGCGUGUGAAAAUCCCACCCUUGCCCACCUAAAGGCUGUCAGCUCAGUGUGUGUGUGUGUGUGUCAAAGGGAGGAAAAGAGCGUUUGUGUGUGUGUGGGUAUGCGGGUGUGUUGAUGUGUGUGUAGGGUGGGAAGUGGUGGGUGAGAGAGGACACUCCAUGCUGAAACAACCGCCCUCUGUGUUGAACAGUACAGAGAGAUUCUUUAUUAUUCUUUUAUUUCAUUAACAGGGUGACCCUAAGACCCCAUAAAUGACCCCCAGCAGAGACCACUCUGUUCUCUCACAUACAUGGUCGCUGUCGCUGCCCGCCUGCAUAUAUCUUUCUUACUUUUUUGUCUGUGUGUCCCUCUUUAUCCUCAUGAAUCCUAUUCAGUCAUCUAGACAUCUGCCCUAAGACUCUUUCUAUGGCUGAAUAUUUUGACAUGACACAGACUGAGACGUGCAGGUGAUGCCAAAGGCUUUAAUGAUGUCUAGACGACAUUUAGCAGAGGCUAUCAGGAAUACCAAACCUGUUUCUUAGACAUUGAAGACCCUGACUGAAAACUCUUCAUGGUUUAAAAGUGUGCCUGGCAUCUAAUGAAGGAAUGAACUUCAUUGAAAAUGGCAGCAAACAUCUCACAAACCAUGAAGCCUCUUAUGAUAAAGGCACAUUUAUCAUAUGAGGUGAACAUGUAUAUAAAAGAGUUGGGCAUCUUAGGUAUAAGGCCGAUACAAUACACAUCUUGAUACAGCAUCUCAGAUCCGAUAUAUUAAAGAUAAAUGCGUUGUAUUAUGUGAUGCAAUAUGAUACGAUUCACACCCAGAUCCCGAUACAGAGCUAGUCUUUCGGCUUUGCUCAGUGACUACCCUAUUUAUCUUCUAACUUUGUCGUAGAGGGCAGGGAUCUGCUCUCUCAGGGGAGGCAGGGGCGCUAGCAGACCCCUCUGCGACAACACCGUGGCGCCAAGUUUUCAGGUUAGUCGUACUGCCUGUGUAUUUUACAGCAGCGCGGCACAUUUUGCAAAUCUGUCUUGUCAAGUCGUCUGUCUUCCUUGUAAAACCCAAACUUGAGAUCUACAAUUCAAAGGAGGGUAAAUUUGUUGGUGUUCAUCCGUGGCACAUGUAGUGCAUCCGCGGAGCUGAUACUUUAGUUUGUAAUGUACAUUCACAAGUCUGAAGAAAUGAUGCCUCAAAAUGGUUUGAUAACGUAAAAAAAAAAAAAAAGUUAUAUGUUAAAUGGAUGGGAUUGUAUCGAUACAAAUAUAUAUCGACGGUACAUCUAGAUGUGCAUUAAUAUAAUCUUCUCAUCCCUAGUAUAUAAGGUAGGUAAAGUCAGAACAUGUGACUGAGUGAACUUUAGUGAUUGAGGGCUUAAACCCAACACACAGUAUGGGCUUUGGUAGUCGAACAGGACUGGGUGAGUGAGAAGAAAAUGUAGAAACUCAGGGGGAUAAGAAGAUGGCUUUAUUAAUGCACAAUCCAAGAUCAGCAAAGACACUGUUUUGCAUUACACAAGAGUUGCAGAAAGAAGUCAUUGCCAAUAAAAGAUGAUGGCAUUUAAAUUAUUUUGGAGCAAGAGUGAGCACUGGGUUUUAUAAUAUUUCUAAGUGCCACAAUAUAUGAGACUUUUUAGGGACAUGAAUCCGGUUUUACUUUGGUAUGAAGACUGAUGUGUUAUUGCUUAGAAGCUAAUUAAAGAGAAGUCUGUUUUUUUAACCACAUGCUUCCAGUUAACAUUUACUAUUUCAAGAGUAAAGGCGAAAAUUAAUCUCUAUAACAGACCUAGGAAGCCAGCUUUGUUCCAGUUUCCAGGUCUGAAGGGGCUCCAUUGUUCUCCUCCCUCUGCCUUCCUGUCUUCCUGUGAUUAAUUUAUGAAUGGAUUCCUCACAGGUACAUCACCAUCAUCAAUAAUUAUAACACAUGUUCAUGUUGUACUGUGUCUCACUGCAUUGCAUGUUAAGGCCCUAGAGGCGGAUGCGGUAGCGGCAUGCUCUGUUGGAGGCCUUGUCAUGCUCCCAUUGUCCCCGAACCACAACACAGGAUGUGGUGGAUUCUAAUUGGGGAGGCGGAUGGACAAUACACACAGAAAAACAAAUAGUGAAGAAACACACACACACAUUCAGACUGCACAGACAGGACAUAGGUGACCUCAUCCAUGUGAGAAAACCAAUAGGCAAAGUAGCCAUCGUUCUGUUUAGCCCAGCAGUGAGGAUGUUAUUUGUUUAACCCCGGCGGCUACCUCCUGCUGCUUAUAAAUGUCAGGCCUGUCUGUUGCUGAAUGAGUUUGCUGAACGUUUUCACUGUGUCCAAAUGUUUUUUAAAGACUUUGACAGAGGUGCUAUUUGUUUGUCAUGUGUCCUCGGUUCACCACACACUUAUUAGCGUCGGUCUUUAUCGGACCCACUUAGCCCAGCGGGGAGUGUUCCCAUUUCUGUGAAAGUUACUGUUAAUUUUGACUUCUACCAAAGAGCUUCUUCCAUCCCUUCCUAAAUUCCUCCCUACAUCCGUCUGUAGUAGCUGUUUGGAUGUUUGUUUAUGUUUGUGGUCCAACCACUCCAUGUAUGUAGACUUAAACCCUUUUCCUCCUCUAAUUGGUCAUCUGUAUUCAUGUAGGGAUCAAGAGAGAGGCAGAGAGACUGAAGGCGAAGCUGACUCUUAAUAAAUGUCAGCCUGCAGCUGGGACACGGAUGGACAGCUAAGUGAUGGUCUGUUUAUAACAAGGAGUUGCUUAAUUCCUGGAAAGGAAAGAGCAGAGGUAAAGAUACAGGGAUGGGGAGUAAGAAUACAUCAAGAUGGAGCGAUAGGCUUCAUGUUUUAGAGAAGAGAUAGAGGGAGAGCAGCUGGCAGGAAUUUAACCUCAACUUGAACAAGAAUUUGGUUCUGCAAAAACAGCAAGUUGUGUGUUUAGAGGAGGAAGGUCAACAAGCUUGUAAAUUUCUUUUUCUGCUUUACUUCUCUAUUCUCUGAACCAGUCAGGGAGGAUUAUAGUGAGCUGGUUGUUGAGGCAGAUUGGAAGUCAAGAUGGGUUUUGUCUGACCUAAGAAGGGUUCCCUCUUUUAUAACAACCCAUUAACCAUAAAUUAACUUUCUUAAUACACAUCUACUAAAUUAAAACCAUUUUUGAUUUUUAAAUCACUAAAAGAUAUGUUUUUUUAAAUGAUCAUUUUUCACAGAAAAUAGUCUGCAUCCAAAGUUCAGUCUGCAGCUUUCUUAAAGCUCCUGUGGGGAGUUUUUAUUUGGCUUUGAAACAGACUGAACUUUAUAUUGAUGCCUUUUUAUGACCCACAAAAUUAAGCAAGACCAUCUGCAUAAAGAUAAAUAAUUUACAUAAACUUUUUCAUUAUCUGAAACUCCUGCCGCAGGGUAGGCGCAGGACAAAGUGAUUAACGGCCUGCUGUCAAAAUAGACUUUAAGAGUCCCGCAGCAGAGCAGACAGUCUUGAUGUUUGACCAUUAAAAGAAAGCAGGAUGAUAGUUUUUGUUAAAGGACAUGUUUUUACUUUUAUGAGACAAAAACAGCUAAACUCACACAGGAGCUUUAAAAUGAGUUCACAUUCAGCUGAAGAUCUCUGCUGAUGUUGGAGUAAACAAAGGCGAAGAGGCCUGAGGUUGAGUUUUUCUGCUUUGUCACUGUCAAGAGUCUGACAUUUUCUUUUCCGUUAUCGUUCCUUAAACAUAGCUGUUUUCCUGCUCCUUUAAGUGUUUAUCUUACGUUUUUUAGAGCAAGGUUUUCGAGUCAUGAACCUCUCCUACCGUUUUGUCUCUUCUGUUGGUUUUCUCAGCGAAAACAAAUUAACCAAACUUCUUUCGAGGCAUUGAUAAGAUAACGGUUAGUCCUUCAGAGUCGGAGAUGAUAGAGCUGCAUACCUGGCAGUGGUCUGUCCUUCACAGCAACAGCCUGAUUCUGGGAAAUAGCAGACUUUUGGUGUACUUGACUCAGUUGUGUUCUAGUGUUAGAUAAAACUUAGCUUCCAGAUGACAUAUUGGAGUCAGUAUUAAAGGACUGUGUAUAUAUGCGUACAAAAUCUUUAGAUGUGUGGGCUCCUAUGCUGGGACUGUUUGAAGAGCAGCUUUUAUAUGUGUGUGUGUUCAGGUGAAUUUUUAGGAAUCCACCCUGUCAGGCUGUGAACCUGCUGCUUCCUCCUGAAUUUUGUCUCUGCACAAAUCAAAUCAAAACCCCGGUUUGUUUAUUAUCAUUCCUCCUGUUUGUUUUUCUUUUUAUCGUCGUCAAAGUUCCUUCUGUCCUCUCUUGCGUAGCGGCGUAUACUCCACUCUCUCUCUCUCUUUGCUAUUAUUUACUCCCUGUGGUUUUCAUACUUUCAAUUGAGCGAGAGCGUUAUCAAAGGCUGCAGUAAAAGAGGAAUAGAAAGUAAAGAAAGAUGAGAUUUUCACACUGAUGGAAUGUUCUAGGCCACUUUGUCCCCGAGUGUUUUCUCUGAUUCAGACUUUACAAUGACACUGACGUGCACUUUGGAGGCUGCGUACAGUACAGGACUGGGUUUCCAUCAUGCCUCCUCUUUAUGUCAUAAAUCUGACAGAGGUGUGGAAAAUAACUUCUUUUCACCUCUCUCCUCUUAUUGUAUUUGGGAAAAUAGGACUGUGUGUGUGUGUGUGUGUGUGUGUGUGUGUGUGCGUGGGCUUCCGUGUGAACGCACAUAUCUGCUUGUGCUCAUUUCUGUUAUAAAUACCAGAGGUGAUUGACAGUUUCUAGUGUUUGGCUCUGACAGCUCUUAUUUGUUGUAGUGGAAAGGCUUUUAGUGAAUGGCUGACGUUUUGAGGUUCUGUGUCUGUCACUGUGUGAUACACAGAACUGUUGUGGAUGUGGAUACCGGUUCACGGUGCCCCCUUUUCAGGAGCAACACACCCUGCUUAUGUGGCUCCUGUGAGCUGUUUUUCUGGGUGGCUUCGAGCUCAAAAGGUCAUGGGAAGAUUAAACAUGGUGGUUUUUGAACGAUUGAUCGUUGUUGACUUGCACGUUAUAGUGUAGUGAUAUCUGAAGCUGUUAUAGGAUAAAGUUAAGUUUCCAUUUUAUCGUUUAGAUGUACUUUUAUAUCAUCUAAUGGGCUCCCAGCCACCCUUUGGUUAUGGAAAAAUAAUCUGACAAGAUAAUCAGCUAUUCUGCAGUCAUUUAAAGGUAUAGUAUGUAACUUUUUGGCUUUAAAAGCUCUAAACUAACUUAACUACAAAUAUUUUGUUGAGUUGAAUAUCUGAAUGUUUCCAGCAAAUUGUUAACCAAAAAGGCUAGCUCCUCCAUAAACUUGAUUUCUACCUGAAGAUUGGAAAUCAGUCUUUUCUGCCUUCGAGCUUGUUGAACAACAAAGGGGCAGCUCCCCAGAUAUCAGGCUUGACAUCAUCAAAUUUAGUUUUUUUUUUUUUGACAGACUGCCAGCACUGAAAAAAAAAUCAUCUUUUGCAUUCGAUUCGCACAAUUUGACACACCGCUACCAGGUUUCUGAAUAAAAGUCAAAGGCUUCAGACUCUCUAUUAUACUAAGCGUUUCUAAGAAAACCUCCCUGGCGGAGAAAAUACAGACUCUUUGCUGCCUGGAGCUUCCGACAACAAAGGGUCACUUUUUCCUGAUUGGAAAACUCGUGUUCUUUUUCUUCUGCUCUGUCCACACUGUGAAAACUCACUGUUCAAUGCAGCAAGCUCAUUCCAGGGUUCUGAGGCUGCUAAAUAUUCUUAAAAUUGUAAGAAACCGCUCACCUUCACCUUUACACUCCAUUCAGUGUCUCUUUCAAGCUCGUAACACCAACUCCAUCAGCGGAUUUCUAACAUUUUUAUAUAGAUUUUGGCACAUCACAUAAAGAUUAUUCAGUUUUUCAACAUCAUUUGAAGGUAUGACUUGUUAAUGAAACAGUUAAGACUAAAUAAGGUUUUUCCUGAAAUGAGAACUUUUUUCCCAUGAGCACCAUCACCCACUGACCCAGUAUUAGAGUCAUUACUGUUUAUUAGUUGUGGAAGCAUGUGAAUAGGAAACAGAUAGACUUUUUCUUUGUUCAAGAACUUUUUGCAGGUUCCAAAGUGACAAAGUAAUGUAUAAGUUUGUAGCUAUAGUGCAUAAAGUUAAAAGCUGUAACGUAAUAAGGACAAAUUUAGUAUCUGCUGGUUUAUAACCAUUCGUUAUCUUAUAAAAGUGAUUGGAAUUACUAGUUUGAUGUUACCUGCAACAGCCCCAUGCAACAGCACAUGGUUUAAAGAUACAGUGUGCAAUAUUUAGCAACAUGUAGCUCAACAGACAUGUUUAAAAGUGGAGUAUUAAAUUCACAAGUAUGUAGAAACUAGUAAAUAUUAGUACUGGGGCAGUAUGCUUUUCUCCCGAUUCGAUUCUUCUACAAUUUUUUGGAUGCCAAUUGAUUUUAAUUGCGGUUCUACGAUAUUGUUGAUUUUCUCGAUUUUUAGUCUGCAUUUUUAACACCAGUGAAACUGACUAUUCCAGGAACCAUGUUUCCCCAAAAAAAAACACAUCACAUGUAAGUCAGGUUUUAAGAUUUAUUCUUAAAUUUGAAUAAACAAAAUCGAUUUUGAACAAAAAAAAUGAUUUAAAAAUUGUAAAACAAAAAAUCUGGAUACUUAUGUGAAUCGAUUUUUUUCUCCCACCCCCAGUAAAUAAUCACUUUUAAAUAAGAAAAUGGGGAAAUAGUCUUUUUUUUAACUCAGGAUAACCCCACAUGAGAGUGGGUUCCCUGCUGUGGGGUCUGCCAUCUUGCUGUCAUAACAUAAGCCUUUCUUUAAAUAACAGCCAACAACAACACUGGAGUAUUAAGAGAUCCUCUGCAGACAACUGUUGCAUAGAGGGUGUAAAAGGCCACAACACUGCCGACAGCUGUUUGAGAAAUGUUGUCUAUCAUCCUCUCAGACUUUGGCCUUUCAGUCAAAUCAAGAGAGGAGAAGCAUGCACACAUCAACAUAAACAUGACAUCCCGUCUGUAGUGGUUUUUCUCUUUUCCCGAGCAAAGCUGGUAGAGGAAUUUCCCGACCUAACACACUUAAACAUUACAAACAAUGACUCUGCCUUUUAGUGGAAAAUCGAACCAGAACACAAACACUCAAAUUUAGUAUGAAGAAGACACAACUAAACUUGUCACUGAUAUCGUUUUACAAUCUAGGUCAUGAAGAAGCAUCUGUGUAAGAGUGAAACUAUUUUAAAAUCAGUAAAAAAUACUUCUCACAUUGCUUCUAGAUGUGCCCACAGGUGAGACUGCAUUAUCUCUGCUUUCCAAAUGACAGAAAUAAAAUGAAGAGGUUAAAGCAAAGACGUAAAAGUGGGUAAACUUGAAAGUGAAGAUGCAAAAGUACAACAACAGCUGGAGAGCAUAUAAAUCAACGCACUGAAAUUUUAAAUCCUUCCUUCGAGCUAAAAGUACUGAACAAAUAUAAAAACGAUCGGCCUCUUGUUGAACUUCAAACAUUAAGAAUUCUGUUUACACCAGAGUUAGAACAAUUAUCGAUGUCUAAGUUUGAAAAUGUUCUCUGUAAAGUCACAAUGAGCAGGAGUAUAGAGCAACUUUGAGGGAUGUUAGCUGUGAAUGUAAUUUUCGAUUGAUAGCCUCUGUGAUAGUUUGACCCUAGAGAAAACAUUCAAGAGCUCUGCAGAAGUUAAAAGAUAUACACAACAUUUUUAAAGGCUGGAAUGAAGCAACUCUGUCAGUCACAGAGCACAGAAUAUAACUAGUAGUCAGUACUGUACUGUGUAUGUACACAUUUAUAAGAGGCUAAACACUAACUAGCUAUGAAGAUGACUGCAGCAUGUGCCACAGGAACGGUGAUCUGAAUAGAUUAUGUAAUUUUGAACUACUCAGAGGUCAACAAACUGUGAUUGCUGUGUUAGGCCAUCCUCCUCUGGUUUGUGAAUUGCAGACAGAGAGCAUAUUAGUUGCAUUAUAUAUGACAUUAACUUUGAUUAGUGCAUCGUAAUGAGAAGAAAGCUAUUAAUUAAACUCAGCGUAAUGCUCCGACCAAAUUGCCAGCUGUUAUACUCCUCAGAUGAACCUUUAACCUGCCUUCAUUUCCCAUCUGCAUUCCUCCUCCUCCUUCUCCGCCUCUUUCUUCCUCUCCUCAAUGAAUCAGACGUCUGAAAACGCAACCUCACCGCUCCUGAAGAGGCACAGACAGAUGGACCGAAACACUGGCAACAUAAAAGAAAGAGGCAGCACACCUGUAGCACGAAAGCAAACAACACAAAAAUCUUUAUUGAGACAUUAAAAGAGUGUUCUGACAGCACAGCUGCCUUUGUGCGAGUGUCUGUUUUUGGUGACAGACAGCUACACAGCUGAACAAACACACACACUAACACAUAUGUCAUAAAGCACAUCAAACACCACCAAACUCCUUUAGACAAGCGAAAUAGCUUCUAACUCUGCCUCAGAAGAAAACGCUUCUCAAUCCUGUGAUUUAAAGAAAAAACGGCUGAUGGAUGAAAUGUAAAUUUAUUCCACAUAAAUACUCAUUUCUGGAAAACAUUACCAGCUGUCUCAUAUCACAGUUUUAUUUAUUUAUACCCUUAAUUUUGUGCCCAAAUGACAGGCAGCCUUCAUAAACUAACCCCAUGAUGAUCAUCCCUCAGUGUGAUGGCAGACCGAAACUCAGGCAGCCUGAUGAAUCUUGUGAAAGUUUGUUUGCACAGAGACAGGAAAGAGGACAGGCAGAUAAGUUGGCAGACACGUAUGACUUGUAAGGAAACUGACGGGCAGUAAUGACUUAUAUUCUGUGGUUUCUGUUCGCUGACCUGCUGAAACUAAGGAGAAGUCAAGCAUGCAGGCACGUUGAUGGACCAGAUUGAGAGAUAGCUGAGCUGUCACUCAUCAUGAUUUGUAAAGGUGAGCUUAGCUAUGGCAGCAUAAGAGCGAGUAUUUUGGUAAAAUAUCUAAUAUUUAGGGUGUAUGACAAAGAUAAUAACAAGGUGUGAUGACUCUUGAGUGUGUUAAAGCAGCAAAAAGAGGGUUGGUUUUUGUGUCUUUACAGUGCAUGGGCUUGUGUGUGUGUGUGUGUGUUUUGUGGGGAGGAAGGAUAAAGGGUUGCCAAAAUCUGACAGCUCAGCCUCCUGUGCAUUCCUUCUCUCUAUCUGUCUCUUUGUCUUUCACUGUCAACGUUUCUCUCAGGCAGGCAAGAGUCAACUACCAGGCAGUGGCAGGGAGCUCCAAUUGGACAAACUGUCAUCCAGCUUCUGGUCACAGAAGACAUAUAAUGCAGCAGAGCCACAGAGGACACAUAAUAUACCAUAUCCUCUGGCUGCAGAGCUCUUGAGCUGGCGACUUUACAGUAUCCCUUUAUUUUGAUGCUGAUUUAAUGCUGUUCUGGAGUCAUUUAGGAAGAAGCAGAAAAGCAUUUCGUCAGGCUGAGAAUGAGCUGCAGCAUAUUUUGUGCAUUUGUGGUAGAAAACUAAUUGUGGUGGGAUAAAUAUUGUUGCUAUUAGAAACACCCAGAACUGCCAGAGGUGAUGGAUAUUUUGCAUCCAUCUGAACAUUUAUGACAUUUAUGUUUCUGUGUGGGCCAUACAGCCUAAAAAUGUGUAUUUACCAAGAGGACAUGGAUUUGUUUUUUCCCAUGUAGUAAUUUUUUCGUGCUAAUGAAUGCCUGUGAAUUUAAUAUAAUUAAAAGAUAAAAAGGAGCAGCCUGAAGCCAAAAGAGCUAUAAAUGGACUCAAAAUGUGGGAAGCAAAAAGGACAAAUACUCUUACGUCUCUGAAAAAAAAAAACAGGUUUUCAUUUUAUAUUUGCAUUGUCUCUGGCUGGGUGCUUCAACAAAGAAUAGCUACCUCGACACCUGAUGUUAGUAUUUGAUUAUAUCAAUUCUGAAUUCUAAUAGAGCAAUCAUUGGUUAUUAUAACACUUCCUCCCGUUGAUGAAGCCUUUAAGGAAAUAAAAGCUCCUGAGAUGUAUAAUCCGUAUGUAUUAUAAUUUACUUUAUCCCAUUUUUUAUUCAGUGAUUGCUUUUAUCUUGUUUUUUUUAGACUGUUUUUAUCUGUAAAGUGAGUGUGGAGAAAGGCGCUUAUAAAUAAAUGUAUUGUGAAGUUCUUGCCAUCUAUCAGUGCAAAAUCAUCAACAGCCCACAACAACUACUCUCCUCUUCUUUAUCUUCCAAUCAGUGCACUCACUAAAUAGAAAAAUGCACAUGUGACCAGUUUGUCCGUUCUUUGUUGCGCAGAAACUUAAAGCUGAUCGUGAAGUGGAACCACUUCUACGUAGAUAUAAAGGGCUUAUUCUAAGCUAACAAAGGAAAUCACCUUUAUAUUAGGGUGAAUACACACUAAUUCAAAAGCACUCGUGAAUAUUGUAUUCCACCAAGCCUAUUCAGCCGAAUAUUACAAAGGUUCUUAUUGAUUUAUCUUUAACUUUAAUAAAAGAGGUUAUUCUGAUUUAUUUCGAAGGUUGUCGAGUGGGGAUUGGUCAUGAAAUACUUUCUUUGCAAAGCAUUUAAAGGUGGGGUAGGCAGGAUCUGAGGAAGUGCCAGUUUUUGGGGGAAAUCUUGAAUGUAAACUCUACCCCUCCAAACCAGUUUUCCCUCAGCUCCUCAUCUCUCCUCCAUCACUGCUCCAGCAAGCCCCACCCACAAAUAGACGCUUGCGCUCGCUUGUGUUGUUCUGAUUAAAUUCAGAUAUAAUGCAGAUAAAUACUUAUAAUUACAAAUGGGGCCCAGCCAACAUGAAAGUAAACAGCAUUGGUGCUACUGUAGAUGCCAACAGACUACCAGCAAACACAAUGUUUGCAGGACUUCUACAACUAGGAUAAAGUGACAUACUCCAGGACCGUACUUUUCCGUACUUUCUGGUUGGUCUCUACAGUACGAUAUUGUAGCAUGCUAACUUUGUUUGGGCUCCUGAACGACACGGGGGAGCAGAGUCUGGCUCACAACAAAUUAGCACUAAGGAGCAGCAUCUGCCUCACAACCAAUCAGGUUGGGGGAGGUGGAGAACGGCUUUGUUUACAGUCAGAAAGAGCGGACUGCUUGAAAUUUUUAAAUGUUGACUACAUAGACAUAACAAAACACAGCAAUAUCGUGAUAUUCCCAAAUGUCAUCAAUAACAAAUAGCUAUUGACUGACAUUAUAAGCUUCUUUGUAUAUACACCACAAAAAAGAUGCUUUUUUUAAACAGAAUCCUGUCUACCCCACCUUUUAUGUUAUUACUUUUUGCUCUGUUCAAAAUUUUGCAACUUUCAAGCUGAACUUGACCCUUUGAAGAAAACCUUUUUUUUAUCAUAGAUUUGAAAUACUUAGACCGUCUGAUACAAAACUUUCUAACUGGCACACAGAGAAAUGCAUUGUUGCAAGCUCCCAGUGGUGGUGUCAAAAAUCAUCUGAAAACCUGGCAAACAAGAUAAAUAAAAAAUGUACCAAACACAGUGCAAUAACUUAUUGCAAUGCGCUAUGCAGGGUACGCACUCAAGGUCAAAUAACUCAUACUUGAAGCCUAUGUCUCUGUUGGCUUAUCGCAGCAUUUUUACUAACACAGGUCUUUAUGGACCCAGAGUCUAUCCCCUUGCCCUUAUCUGUUUUCUUCUAUUCAGGCCUUUCAGAGGAGAAGAAAGUAUUUGAACAGGAUGAAACUGUUGAAAAAUCCAAGGAAUUGAUUUUGACUUAUUAAAAAUAAAAGGAAACAACUGGAGAGGAAUUCCAUGAUGAUUGUUUUACACUUUUGCUUUGAAGCUUAAAACUCAAGAACACAACUUGACAGCAGAAAUUGGACUCAAGCCUUCACUACACAAAAACAUCUCCAAAACUUACUGUUCUUACUACAGGACAAACAUUCAGGAGGACCACUUACAUGUGUCAAAUCCUGCAGAAAGAUUGAUUGGCACUUGCUGCCGAUGCUUGAGUUUGAUUUGCUUGAUUCUGUGGCCAUCUGUCCUGCAUGCGUAUUUUAAGAUGACUUUGUCCUGUAGUCUCUUCCUCUUUCUGUGUGAAAUUAUAGACAGCUUUGAUGUUAUAUUGUGUUUGAAGAAUCAUGGCUGGAUUGAAGACAAGUUCUCUCUGUCAGUGAAUUCUUUAGCGGUGAUGUCUGGUAUGCCUUCAGUUGUUUGUGAUGAUGAAAGCUCUCUCCAUUAGUCAACGUAUUUCACUUUCCUAUAAGCUCCCAUUUUUUUGUCAGGUGUCUAACCAUUCUCCUGUUUUCUCUCCCUAAUCUGCCCGUUUCUCUCAUACCAAUACCUCACCUCCCCACAUUCAACGAGAGGCGAUCAAUUCCGUGUCUGAAUGGCUUUAAACAGCGAAACAAAAACAAGCUUGUACAGAGUCUAAGCUUUUCUUUAGCGUACCAAUGCAAAUAACUGCAGGCAGCCGCAUUCACACAGAAAUCUUGUGGUAUGAAACACCUCUGCUCAAAGUUAUACACCAUGGUCUUAUGUAAGCCGUCAUUAUGGACGCUGCAUACCACUCGAUCGGAUAAAAGCACCACUUGUUGAAUGCAUCCUUUUUUCAAUUGGAAGAAAUAAUUCUGCUUUGCUGAACCUACAACCGAAAAACAGCCUGAGGCUUAAAUUCAUUAAAUUAGUCCUCUCUUAAAAUUAAGGUAGUGGUAACAGGAUGUUCAUCCGAAGACAUCAGAAAGGAUUUUUUGGAGGCUUUUGGCACAUAUUUGGUUUCCAACUAUUUUCUUUGAAGCAAAAUUCCUUUUUUUAUGACAUCUUUGCCAGGAAGGAUUUCAUUUUUUAAAUCCAUCUUGUAACUUAAAGGAACUUGAAGCAUGAACUACCUUCAUUUCUUCAUGGAAAUGCAAUCAGACCGAGACGCUAAGGCAAAAGAACUACCACGUCUGCAGUGCAAAAUGAUUAAUAUGGUGAUUAUUACUUCAAGGAAAUGAUAAAGUAAUGAUUAUAAGUGUUCUUCCUUGAGCUGCAUCACCCCGCAGCAGUCCGUAAUAGACUGGUUGAGGUCUCGCUACAAACAAGCGGCUGCUGGAAGAGAGUAGGUGAGGUGUGUUUAGUCUCUUUGCUAAAGAAAUUAGUCAAAGUUAAAAAGAUGUUUGGUGGUUAGUCCUAUGGCUGGGACCCUAUAUGUCCUGUUGAUGAAGUUAGGUGCUGUUCUGAGCAUUAUUUGUGGCUAUAGAGUGGCGUUUUGGUUGAGGUUUGUUUAUGGCUCCUCAGACUGCUGUGUAUUGCUAUCGUGCGGUCGUUACUAAAGUUGGUAUAACUAGAGAAUCAAGCGGUCGGCAACAUUCAUCUAUCGACAGGGGUGUGUGUUUGACCCUAAAUAAAUUUUUCGCCGGAAUAUCCCUUUAAAUAAGGACCCAGAACUAAAAGUGAGGGACAUGACAGGAAAUAGAGGAUCAGCUCUCAAAAUCAAACCAAGAAAGGACCUGCUGGCCUCACAUCUGUACUGACCUCUCAGUUCCUGCAGUGGAAAGCACAUAUCCAGAUCGAUCAAACCUGCAUAAAAACAGCAUGGUGUGUAAAAACAUGUCAGUAUCAACACUUCUUCUGUUCAUAGCAGCUACCAUCACAGCUUUUCCCCCUCUACACUGUGGUACAGUGAUCUUCUCCUCAAUUACUGCUGUUACUGUCAUGUUGUCUGAUGUCUGCGCCGCAUCAGUGGAGCACUGGUUGACACACAUUAAAACAGCGCACCAUUUAUUGCUUCCACUGCAUUUGGCCUUUAGGCUGCAGGACUAUAAAGAAAUCCGUUCUAUUUGCAGAUAAAUGAAGGGAUGUGUGAGUGGAAACAGAUGAUAUGCUGCGAGUCCACCUCAUUUCACCUAGGUCCAUAAAUGUAUGCACCUUGUUGCCUGGAAACCUGUCAAUACAAAUAAUUUUAACAUUUUUUAAUCUAGUCUGUAAAUAAAAACGUAUUUUCCUGUAUAAGUGGAGUCUUUGAAGAGGUUGAGGCUCAGGAGAGAAACUCAGGCGAGUUAUUUAGGGUGACUUAUUAAAGAUGAAUGCAAAACCACAUGACCACCUUUAUCCAGAGGUGUUGAAACUCCUCUGUCUGACUCAACUUAACCUUCUUUCAACCCAGAGGUGGAACUGAGGUGAGCCUGGAGCCUCUUGGUAAACAGCUACAUCACCUUUCACUCAACCCAGCCAUGCCCUUGGUAAUGCAAACUCCAUGUCUGACUCCGAGCCUUUGCAUUAUUUAAACUCCAAUCGUUUAUUUUUUACAACGUAAAAGUGUUCUCAGUGGCCUUUAAAUUGUGAUUAUGAAGUUUUUAGCCAAAUUCAUGUUACCCGUGUCAUUUUCAAAGACUUUUCUUCAGCAGAGUUCCAGUAGCUCAUUAGCUAUUCACCUCUGAGUCGUGCAUGGAGACAGCGCUGCUCUGCACACUUCGUGUUAGCUUGCAGCCUAACAUUGCUAGUGUAGUAGGAGAAGCAGGUAACACAGGAGCUAUUCUGCUCUUAGACACUAUUGUUUUUAGGGACAUGAUAAAAGCUAAUAUCAUAAUUAGCUUUCUUACAAGCAUUGCGAUUGUUGCGAAUUCUUAUUUCUCAGAGCCUGGCUUGCACAGCGGAGCUCUGGGGGCAGAGCUUGGAUUUGCUAUGAAAUCACUGUAUCUGAACCUGAUGUUUGGGUCUGCCAGAGAUUCACAGUGAUAUGAAUGCAGAAAUAAUAUCAUUUCGCACUUAGUUUUCUCAUGAUAUGUCAUGUCCAUGACUUUCAUCAUGGGCAUUGGCGUCAUUUUUCCAACACCAAUUUUCAAAGUUUAACUCCUUCUCUACAAUCCAAUAGACCAUAAUAGGUCAGAGUUGAUGUAAGUUUUCACCCUGAACAAAACAGCAUCCAGUUUUGGUAAAAAAAAGUUUAUUAUCUAUGCUGAUGACUACAACGACACGAACGUGGACUGCAGCCAAGGCUGUGAAAACAGUACCUAUAGGUCGCAGUAAGUCAGCCAUUGUCUUAAUUUUGUGGUUUCACAUGUUUGGAGCUCAGGGCUUGUGCUGUGAUCCAUAUAGAGCUUCUUCCACAAUUAUCCCUGGCUCAGCCAUCAAGGGAAUUACAUGAGUAACCUUGUAGAAAAGUUAUUAGGAUUGCACAGCAGGCUGCAACCCAGUCCCACGUUUUCACACAGUUUUUGAAGGAGAAGUUUGGUGGAAUAUUCCUAGGUUUAGAUUUCUCUUCUUUUUUUGUGUGUGUGUGUGUGUUGUGUAUUGAAUCUCCCAAAGUAUGGUGCUGAUUCUUUAAUGAUAUGCUAACAUGUGGCACAUAUGGAGCACCAGAUGAAGACGAAUUAAUUCUUAUCUUCAUGGGUUAAUCCCAUUUUCUGUAUCCUGACACACUGGAUUUUGGCACGGAGGCAGACAAGAAGUGCAUGUGUUUGUUUGUUUGUUUGUGUGUGUGUGUAUGUGUGUGUGUAUUUGCAUAUUGGUAGUAUAGGGCUGUGUUGAUGAGGAUGAUACAUCCUAUCCCCAUUAGUGUUAGCCUAGAUCUGUCAGAGCCUUGUUGGGUUACUGCCUGGCAAAAUCUCAACCCUGAGGAACAAUGGGAAGGGCUACACACUCGCAAACACACACACUCAUAAACACACGCACACACACACUUUCUAAGUGCAAAACUGUUCCUGUGUCUCACACAAUCACAUCUAUUGGGUUGUACCUGGAAGUGCUCAUCACAACACAACACGCUGUCAAUCUCCCACUUUUAUAAGAACCAACACUCACAAAAACACACUUUCAUCCUCAGCCCCAAGUGUUAGAGUCUGAGUUUGUGCCUUCAAGUUAUUGUAGUACACUUUUGAUAGGCAUCUGAUUCCUCACACUGCAUUUUGGUUGCCCCCUGUCUCACCUCUGGCAAUAAUAGAAAGAGUUCAUUUGGCAGUUGAGUGUUUUAGUCUUUUUCUGACACGUAGUCACUGUGACCCAGAGCAUACCGAAGACCAGCAUCAACCCAAAUAGACUGAUUAAACAACACUGGGUCCCUCUCAUUAUGAAAGCUUUUUCCACAGUGGAGCCCAGUAAAAAACGGAGUCGUGAGAGCUUCCUGAAGCUUUGGGAACGUCAUCAUUAAGCCAGUUUUACUGCAUUUCCAACUUUACUGUCAAAUCAGAUCACUUCCUGACUGAAACAUUGUUUUUUGGGGAAAUAAAUCAUCACCUUGAAGAAGUUCUUUCAUGUACGUCUGAUUGUAUCUCACGUGGAAACAUCACUUAAAUUCUUUGUUUCAUUACCUGUCUGCCGUUGUAACUUCCCCCCUUUGCUGUUGCUGAAUUCAAGGCUGUCCUACAUUCCCCUCUAACUGUGGAGCUGCUUUGAUAAGAGCGAACAUUUUCCCUCUGCACCCUGCUUUACGGACUUUUAACGUAGCUUCUAAUUAAUAUCUCUGCCAUUAAUUUGCUCUGACACAUGGUCUCCUCCACCCAACAAACUAACCAACCAGACAGGCAGUUAGAUGCAAGCCCCAGAGCACCAAUUGGUCUCCAAGUACUAAACUGCAGGGGAGAGAGCUACUGCAGCGAACAAACAGACAAUUCAUGUGGUUUUAGUGUCUCUCUGUUUGUUUCUGUGCAUCCCUCCUCCAUUUUUCUUUCUUUCCCCUCUAACCCUGCUCUGCCCUCCCGGUUGGUGGAAGGAGUUUGCUGCUGUUAUCUCCAUUCUUUCUGAAGACACAGGGUGCACUGCCUUUUUCUAGGCUGCCUGGAGAGUAUUUCAUAUAUUACAGCUCUUUCCUCAGUAAUCAUAUGGUGCGUUGUCAUUAUGUCAGCACUCAUGAGGUUGUAUUAUUGUUUAGCUUGUGUGUCUGGUGAUGAUGCUGUUUUGGUUUUGGUUUCAGAGAGGAGAGAAAAACAAGUAAUCACAAAAUUUUUGAGUAAUUGUUGCAGAAUUCAUCAAUAAACCUCUAUCAGUUCUUAAAAAAAAGGUCAGAAUAGUUUUCAAAAAUCUUAAUUGUAAAUUCCAGUUUCACUAGACACAAGGUUCCUGCCCCAUUAAAUUAAUGCUAAGAAAGAGGCUUAACUUACACCCACAUUGAUUUAAUCCCUGAAUUUAUUUCAAGGAUUGUUUCCUUUGUCCCUUGUCAUGGAUAAAGUAGGUCCAGAACUCAAAUUAACCUCUAAGGGUGAGGGUGUUUUUUUAUAAAAGAAAUGUGAAUUAGCAUGCAACUAAGCUUGGCUAGCAGCUCCUUCACAGGAUAUGACUGGUUCUGGUGGAAUAAACACCAAUCCCUCCAGUCUGUGUAUGAGCAGUCUGUUCCCAGGCACAGGCAGAGAGUUGUCAGUCCCAUCUUCAUCCUUCUCUCUGAGUGUGAGCUUUUAACAUCUGGCAGAGACACACCUAUAGAUCCCACGCUCAAUGAAACAGUCGUCCUUUUAUUUGCACCACAAUACACUUCUUUAGUCAUCAGUGAUAAUAUAUGCUCCUUUUUGUACUAAUGUUUGUUAUACUCUGAGAUCAUAGAUUGUGCUGUAUAUCUACUAGGGAUGCACCGAUCCGAUAUUUGGAGUGGAUAUCAGCUCCGAUAUUGACGAAUUAACUGGAUCGGAUAUCUGAUGUAUGACGCCGAUCCAGGGUUCCAAUCCAGUCCUUUUUUUUUUUUCUUUUAAUUAUUAUUAUUUUUUAAUACAUGGAAGUCUUAGUCUUUUUGCUGUGUGCUAAUGUGCAAUUUGUUAUUUGUUAAUAAAAAAUAUGAAGGAAACUUAUAUCUGUGUUAAUUUGUUACCUUUUUUUAACAAAGCUAAUGUCAAGCCUGAUGCCUUCACUCACAGGGCGAGGUAUACAGUUCAUUCGUUCAACAGUAGUAUUGGAUUGGUAUUGGAUAUCGGCUGAUACGCUCAGCCAAUCGGAAAAGAAUGGAUUGGUGCAUCUCAGGGUAAAAGUAUGUGUGGUCACAUUUUUGCUAAGUCACUUCAGCCUCUUUAUUGAAGUACAACAAACAGAAAGCGAUAGGUUUUACCACUGUGCAGUCAUGGCCCUUUGGUGUAUUUUUGGACUCUGUGAUGGAUAAAAGUGAGAGGAUUGUAUGUACAGGCUGGACUGCAGGAAUAAUUGAUGAAGGUUUUUAUAGACAGCAGAAGGAAAAGUCUUGGUCAUGACUUUUCUGCAUGUGCUUUUAUUGCUGCUUUUUUACCCUUUGCCCUGUUGAUUUUGUAUUUUGAACUUAUUUUUCUCUUUUUUUCAUUUGCUCCAGUUUCUCUCAUGCCUCUCUAACCCGAUUCGUCUCUCUCUCUCCCCUUCUCUCUCGUUCUUCUUUUUUUCAGGCUCAGGAAAAUGUCUUUGUUGACUUUAACCACCAGGAGCUACUUGAGUUCUACAACAAGGUCUGUCAUUUUUCUACUUAGUUUUAGAGUGCGUGUGUGCGCAUGUGUGCAAAAAAAACCAUUCGCUCUACUCUGAUGUCACAUUGCAUACAUGUCUUUGUGUUUCUUUGCCUUGCUUUCUCUUUCCAUUUCAUCCUGAUUGGCAGACAUUGCCUUAUAAAACCUGUGUGCCAGCCCGCCUGCGUCAUCCUUUGAAACAAUUUGGUGCCUCCGUCUCUUUUCCCCGGCUUGUUUUCUACCUUUUUGAGAGUGUGUAAGUGUGUGUUCUUGUAUACUUCUCUUUUUUCCCUUAAACACUAAACCUUGUCUUCUCUCUCUCUCUCUCUCUCUCUCUUUCAGCUCGAAAUUGUGCAAGGACAGUUGGAUUCCCUGACAUGAUGCCUGGUGCUAUCUGUGCAACCACACACACAUACACACACACACUGUUGUAUCUCUGAUGGCAGCCAUGCCAGUGGUCAGAGGUGCAACAAUGCAAUGUACUGUUUAUCAUGAUUUAUUAUGAAAAAAAAGUACUAUUCACCAAAUGUGUUGUCUUUUUGAUAUUUGAAAAUCCUUUAAAUCCUUGUUUCUACACAAGUAGAAGAUGCUAAUUGGAUGGAAACGCAGAGCUGCCUUCACCAGGGAGCUGGCAGUUCUUGGUUGAUUUUGUCAAUAGAAAUGAGUUUCUAUACACUUUUUUCUUCACCGCUCAGUGUGUUUAUACGAUUAUGUAGUAGCAAAGUGUCUUCAUAUUUCAUCUAAACCCCCAGAGAAAAGGAUGAAUGGAAACAAAUUGUCAUUUUAGGUUGAAACAAAUAUAUUUUGUAACCUGCAGAAUGAAAUAGCGUUCACGCCAUUUUAAUAAAAUGUGAAGUGGAGGUGAAAUCCGUCCAAGCUGUUGUUGUUUA